AUGGCAGAAGGGGGAGAGGGAGAGGAGGAGAUUCAGUUCCUGCGUACGGUGAGUCCUACUUCUUUUUUCAUUUCUAAAGGGCUAUCCUGCACUCUCUGCUGGAGAGGGAAACAGGAGGUUUAGGACAAGAGACGGUUAUGAGCAACAAGAAAGUAAACUAGAAAAGCAAUAACCGUUUUCUUCUUUCACCUUAAAGUGACACAUGAUCAUCCAGCAUCAACUUCGUCGCUCCCUCUGUGUCUUGCGGUUUACGGUUGCUCCACUUUUAAAACUUUUGCUUCUCUGGCGAUGGAUAUUUAAGGUAUAUCUGUGGUUGCAGUUCUUGGAGCCAAGGCCCACUUCUGCAUACAGUUGCCUAUUUUUGAGGCGGUGCCCUGAAUGUGCCAUGACCUGCUUAUUAGUGGCUCCCUUCAAAUUUGGUUGAUUGAUUCUUGUGAGUGCAGAAAUGUUGGCUGUUAAUCGACCUUAUACGAUCAUGUUUUGAUCUUUUUGAAAUACACAGCUCAUUGUCUGGACUAAUCUCUUUUAUCAAAAGCAUUGAGGGCUUAAGAGUAGGUUGGUAACAGUGUAUGGGCUAACAUGUCUGUGUGAGCACAGUUAGAUAGACAGGGGCUGGUGCAUCUGUUAGCAUCGUUAUCUAUUUUUAUCUGAGGAAAGUAGAGCCUGUCAGUGUGGGGUGAGGAGGCAGAGAACCAAACUACCCAGAUCCUGCAGGGGACAGCUGGCCAAAGGCUGCAUGUCUUCCUUGGAGAAGCCAACACACAGUCACUGCAUAGAAAGAUCCACUCCGAACUCAGAGGGGGGGACCCUGAAAAUGACCUAAAACAGCUGUGCAGGUUCAAAAAGGGGGUCUCUAUGGCAUGAUGGCCUGAAUAAUUGGAUGCUGAUGAGACUUAAAGUAAAACACUAUCUUUCUUAACGUGGAAAAAUCUUUGAUUCUUGGCAGAAGAAAGGACUCGGUCCACCUUUUCAAAUGUGUUCAACUUUAAUUUCUCAUUUGGUUUCCUUUAAAUGACGGCUUGGGUCAAAACUAUUACAUGGCAACCAGCAGCUUAACACUGAAAACCAUGAUAUUAAAGGUACAGUGUAUUAGAGAGGGUAUUACUGGUGAUAUCAAGUACUCAGAUUCAAGAUGGAAAUUCUCCCUCGCUUGCCCCUCAUUGGUGAUGUAUGUUGGAUAUGAUCCUCUCUUUAUCAAGUUUGAAAUAUCAAAACAUUGGCUCCCUCCAUCUGCUCACUAAAACAAAAACAUGUACGACAUCGGUGUGGCGGUGCACCAGGGUUUCUGCUGGCUCUUAAAAAAGUCUUAACACGUCUAAUAUCCAAUAAUUUGAAUUCAAGGCCUAAAAAUGUCUAAAAUUCUCUUAAAACCUCAUAAAAUGUCUUAAAUACAAAUUUGAAAGGUCUUAAAAAUCUAUUGAUGUUACUUACAAAUAAAGAUUGAUUUGAAGUUAGUUUAAAAUGUUCCAAUUUCCCUUCAUGUCUUUUGUACUUUUUGCCAGUAUGGAUGUAAAUGAAUCUUAAAUUGUUUUUAUUCUGGUCUUAGAAAGUCUUAAAUUUGACUUGUUGAAACCUGCAGAAACCCUGGGUGCAAGAUGAUGGCAUCAUGGAAGGGGAGACAUGAAAAGCUUGGUUAUCAUAUUUAGGUGAUUACAGACUAACUUUAGCGUACUUCUGAAUAUAAUGUUACAUUUAUAUUAAGUUUGUGUUCCUAAGUACCACAGCGUACUCCAGCUGAACCUCUGAUGGCAUUUUACUAAGUUGUUGCCCGUCUGACAGUGGAAGUGGAAAACCACUCAUGUUUAAAAUAUACAGAUUAUCUGUUCAGUUAAAUUAAUUCCUCUUAAAGUAGAACUGUAAGUUUGCGUCACUGUUUCUGCAGUUUUAACCUGGCUGUUACUUAAAUUGAGUCGGCUGUGUGAACCGUUCCACAGCUCAGAUGAUAGCACUCAGGAAGAAGCUCGUAUUGAUGGGCAGGAUUCCUGUCAAGCUUUUGGAGUCAGGCCACAAGAUCCACGAGACAUUAAAGAGUAACACAGCUGUUGUUUCUAUUACCGAAUGAUCAACAGAGUUUUUUUUUGCUUCCCUCCAGAAACGGGACAAUGUACUGAGAGACAUAGGCUGAACACUCUGGAUGCCUUCGCUGGGUUUGUCCUUUACUUUAAGCAUCUCAGUUAGGAUGAAACUAUUACACACCAACACUUCAAAGGGGGAAACAAUGCGGCUCUAUUUGAAUUAUUAAUGUCUUGUGCACAUCAGUUGGUUUAGCUCUGACACAAACGCUGUUCGGGUCAGAGGGGCUAAAUCCCCACAGGGCUAAAAAUGUAAGUGCUUGUGAUGUUGUUCACGACGAGGCUCUUACAAUUAAAACAUGGUCCAAAUGGUCUGUGUGUUAUCGGGCUUUUCAUUAGAGCCCAGUGAUGGCAGACAGCGUGUGAGUCAGCUGUUUCCCUCUUCUGGGGUUUUUCCCUGGGUUAUAUCGGAGGUGGGAGGCGUGAUGAAAGUGGACUUCUUACCUCAUGUGGACCAGCUGGGGCAGCAGAUUGUACUCAUGUAUUUGCUUUGAUUGAAUCUUUUUACGGUCAGGGAGGUUCACAGCAAGUUUCUCUCUACCCCCUUUUUUCCAGCAGGUGUUAAACUCAGUCCUUCAAAAUAGUCUUUUGGAGGUCACGACACAAACUUGUAAGAAGUAAGUGAAAUAAAAAGUCUGCUUUUACGUUUCCUCCUAAAACAAGGGACACUUCAGGACAUCAGGAGAAAUAUGUGGCUUUCUGUGACUGCUCUGUUUUUGAGGAUGAUAUCUUACGGCCUCCUGGAAACACUUAAAAUGACGAAAAGGACAUUAUAUUCUGAGUCCCUGAAGACCACAUAAUUUGAUCUUGAUUUAGCCUUUUUGAGAUUUUUCACUCACAUUAAUGACGACAACAUGCUUUAGGUCUUUUAGAAUGAAGACAUUAAAGAUCUAUUUCAUGUGAAACACCCGUUGGCUAGAUUUUGGGUUAAAUAAUGGCACUGUCGACUCUACAGGAGGCUUUCCAGGCUGCCUCUCCUUCCUCCAGCGAAAUAACUGACUGUGUAGGUGUGCUGCAGUUUGCAAAAGCGAUUGUUGUCUAUUUGAGGAAGGCGCUAAAAAGUGAUAGCGGUGUAACCUGUCAGUGGCUUUAUUUUUAUCCAUUUCUCUGUGAUUUUGAGGUUUUUCGCUCUUGCUCAGAGGCCGUGGGAUAACUUUUGUAACCAAGCUGUGUCGUUGCAGUGUUUUUUUUUUCCCACAGGACUUUUGUCAGAGUAAGAGAAGAGCAGAAAAGGACGGGACCUUUGGUGAGAGAGCGAGAACAGACAGGCAUAUUUCAUACGUUUUGCCCUUCCUUAGCACUUCACCAGUGAUUGUUUUCGCGUCACAAAGGCCAAACCCACAAAUCACUCUGCAGAGCUGCUCAGUCAUAUUCUGGGUUUAUUGUGUAGUCGAACCUGGCACAGGCCUGGAGCUCACACAACAACACUGAGUAAUAGUUGUACUGCACAGUUUCAGGUCACCGAGAUCCUCUCCUCUCAAACUAAGUGGGUGCCCUCUGUUGAGGUAUAGGAUGCUCGUAUUCAGCGUCUGCCCUGAAAAACUCCCACGAGCACUUCAGCCCCCACAUUAGUUCUCAAGAGGCCGGCUUAGCUUGCAAUAGCAAACAGACAGUUACCUGCUAAAAUGCGCUUUUUGAAAACAUCUUCGGAACAACUACAUCAGGAGUUUAUAAAUCGGCGCAGCUCUUUUGAAGUCGGUGACAAUGGAAAGCUGUGUCACCGUCCCACAAUGCCGUAUUGUGGUGUGAAUUACGCAGGCGAGUGUGUGAAGGAUUAUUCAAGCCGCGGUCUAUAAAAGCAGUUUCUUUUUAUAGUGUGCCACUAUAAGUGCACACACUCAGGAGGGAGAAACCAGAAGAGUUGUGUCCUACUUGCCAACAUCCUCCGGGAGGUUCGGUGUGCAGAUGUGAGAGAGUGUAUCUGAGUGUGUGUGUGUGUGCGUGCGUGCGUGCGUGCGUGUGUCGGGUGAAUAAGAAUCUUUAUAUUUUGACAGGUCUGCUGAUGCCAAAACAACUUCUUUCAGAAUAAUAGACGUAUUAAAUGACCCAAAUUCAAAUGAUGACCACAUAUAUGUGAAUGAGCUUCAGAUUAUAGUCGACCAGAAAUAACAGAUACAGCUCUGGUUACAAGCUUCUUAAUAACAUUUGUUAUUGAGAUUCCCCUCUGAUGACGUUUUCCCAACAGCAUUAUGGAGACGUUUUUGCAAAGUAUCUUCAGCUUUACGCUAAGCUAACACCUUCUGUCUUUCUUUCUUGGAUUACAUUGUGUUUUGUGUAUCUAUGAAUUUCAUCGCUUCAAAGUUGUAAGAGUUCAAUCCCAAUGAUUAAAAGAAAGCAUGGACAGCAUUAGUCCAAAUGUAGUUGGUGCUCCAGCCUCCACAUCAGUGGCCAAACAGGAUAUCCUGCACACUAACAGCAGCUUUAGAGAUGGCAGCUGAUAACCAUCAGGGGUGAGGUCAGUGAGGAGGGUGCAAGCAAAGCUUGGCUUUGGAAGUGCUGAGCCCAGGAGAUGAACACAUCUUCAGCAGGGCAACGAGCACACACGCACACAUACAUACACACACACACACAGGCACACAUACAGCACCUGUUAGUCUGGUCAUGGCAGUUUACACAAUAAACAGGUGGUCUGGUCUGCUCUGGUCUCUGAGGCACGAGACAUAAACAGAGAGAGGAAUCCUUCAGAAGCCAGGUGCUGCAAAAUGACACAACUGUUACGUAAAUCACAUUGUGUGUGUGUGUGUGUGUGUGUGUGUGUGUGUGUGCAUGUUUAUGAAGGUAGUUGUUUAGUGUGUGCAAGAGAUAAUCAGCUUUGUCAUGUGACGUCAGGAAAGAUCCAGGUUCCAGGAAUCUUUCCCACGUGAAGGUUUUCUGGGUUUGUUUUUAUUUUUCCCACGACAGUUUUGAGGCUUUUUGGUGAAGUGGAUCAUGAGCAUCAGUUAUCUUCAAUAUAAAUAAUCAGACAAACUCCUGAUUCAAGUUAAUGCAGAGACAUAAUAACCCCUUAGAGUGAGUUUGAAGGUUGUGCUUUAAACACAGAAAAACUGUUAUCAAGAAGAGUAAGCUACAGGAAUAGUUGAUAUUGCACUUCUUAGGAGUGUUGGACUUUUCGUUCCUUUAUUGUGUGUAUUGCUGUGGUUGUGAUAUGAUGCUUGUGUGCAAUCCAAAUUGCCCCUUUGGGAAAAUAGAGAUUCUUCAUAUCCAAAAAGGUUUCGCCGCUAAUCUUAAUUCUCACGUUUUAGUGAUGACAGUAUUUUUUCUUCCUUCUGUUACUUUUUAUUCUUCAAGUUUUCUUGGUUCAUUCGGUGUUAUUUAGCACUGGCAGGGUGUCAUAUUGUUGUUGCCUGGUAACUGUGAUUGUUACUUCCCACCAUGAUGUUACUUUGGCAAACUUCACGAGGACUUUAUGGUCAUGAUGAUACAUCUCUUAGAGGCAAGGGUCAAAAGUACGGAAGAGGAUUAGGGCCACUGGAAAAAAAAAAGAAGGUCAGAUAUAAUUAAAAAAUAUAUAUAAUUAUGGGUUUUAAGUCCGAAUUCUGUCUAAAAUCUCAGAAUUAUGACUUUAAACUCAAAAUAAUAAUUAGAAAAAGUAGGAACCUGGUUUGGCUGAUAGCAGGAUAUAAUGUGAUGAUGAUGUUUUCAGUUGAUAGGAACAUUUUUGAGUCCAUCUUUUGAAUGAUCUUAAUAGACUGUGGUUGUUGUAAUAGAUUGUGGUUGUUGUUACCUCAGUGUGUUGAAACAAAGCUUAAGUGAAGCUGAUAGGAAGAAACUUUAUUCAUCAGAGUAAUUGUUGUUUGUUGUUGUGAUGUUAAGAUGAAACACUUCCUUUAGCUCACGUUAGCUUAAAGACAUUCCAGGGUAUUUUUUGAACUGAUUGGUUUCUUGUUUCUCAGGAGUAAUCGCUCUGUUUUCCUAAAGUCCUAUCAUUAAGUUAUGGGUUACACCUGUUUUGACAGGCAGGCUGCUUCAGAAACUACUUUUCUCAGACUUACUGACAAAUUGACUGUUUUACUCGUGUUUCUAAUAGCUCUCAUUGUUUCACGAUCGUCCUCUUUCAAUGAGGAAUGACUUAGCCUGAGUGUAGGCUGUAAAAACACAGUGUGAGUGAAGUUAACACUAGAGAGGGAUUUGUAAAUCAUCACUGUUAGAGUUUGGAGUGGCUGUAGUUUCGUUUGAGUGAAAAUGAGACAAUAAAGAAAUAAAAUCAAACUACAAUCUGACAGGAUUAUAAAUAACCUGCAGCUACCAAAUAAUUUAGACACCAGAGAGCCCAACAUUAAGAUGGUUUAAGAUGUUUGGGUGUCAUGUGUCUGCUUCAAACGUCUGUAUCUAAAUCACCAUCUGUUUGGGAUGUGAUUAGCUGAGUCUGAUUUUCUAUUUCACUCAUUGUUAGUACAAGUUAUCAGCUAGUUUUCCCAUGCUUAAUGCCUUCCCCAUGGGCAAGAGAGUCUCUGUCUUUCUCCAAGUUAGACUCCUAAGUACCUCAAGCAAGACCUCUAAGUAUCUGCUGGUCAGCAGAAGGAGGGAAUGUGAUAGUGACAGGUGCAGCCACUUAAAAUAGAAGAGGGCUGAAGGGGAAGGCCCGGAGAAGAGAAGAAGAAGAAGAAGAGGGAAUGGAAAAGAGAAAGAAAAUCAAACUACAAUAAAAUAAUGAAAGUUUAGUGAGACCUUUUGAAGAUUUAGAGUAAGUGGGAGAUCUCGGUGAAGAGAAAAGAAAGAGAGAGACAGCAGCAGCAGAACCUGGACGUGUCUCAAAUGUUCCUCACCUGCUGUGUGCAGUCAGUGCAGAGAUUUAUGGACAUUGAUUCACUUCAGCCUAACAACUUUUCAGUCUCAGUCCACCUAUAACUUUUGCACUUCAUAACUUAUCUGCACAACUCUGUCAUCUGUACCUCAUGAGACGUAAUUCAGAGCUGAGACAAACAAGCAGAGACAGGUUAGUAAUGAUCCUGCAUUUAGAGUUAGGAAACGAUCCCUUAUCGAGUUAUCAUUGAGCCAAUGUUAUUGAUCCUUAAAUCAUGUAUUGAUGAAAUGCAGUAAAAACUUUGAUAUUUGGUGUCCCACUGUCAGACAGAUGGCUAAAGGCUCAUUUGUGCUCGCCAUACGUAUGAAAAUGUACGCGUCCGUUUCAAACGAGGGUUACAUCACUGCGAUCUUUACAUUGGCAUAGAUGUUAACCAUUACGUCCACCAGGGGGCAGGCCGGAGUCAAAAGUUUCGGACGACAACAACAAACAAAAAGAAACUUGGUGACUGUGGAGGAGAUAGUGAUAAUGUAUAUUUUGCAAAGGAGACAGAAUCAGAGGCAGUAUCGUCAUUUUCAGUACUUCAGGAUUUCUGCCGCCAUUUUCUUCUUCGUCUCUCUCUGGAGAUGCGGUUCGGGUCGUGACAGCAGUAACACUGCCUCUGUGGUUUCCGGUGGUACUGCUCCGUCUGGCCUGUAUGCGUAAACUUCAAGGAUAUGUGCCGAAAUACAGACGAAAAGAGCGCAAAGCACCGGAUCUGUAUGUAACGUUGAGCAUAAAUGAGCCUUUACCCGAUUUUUAAGGUUUUAGCUACAAAAAGUGACGAUUUCUUAAACACUUAAAUAUUUAAAAUAGUUUGAAUAAUGUCCAUGAUUUAAAUAUUUAUUAAUAUACCGAAAUGGGUCAAAUUUAAGUACGUUUAUUAAAGUAUUAAAAAAACUGUCGAAACAUUUUCCAAAUUUUGUAGCUACCAAAAAAAUCUCAGAUAAAAUCCUUUGACUUUUUUUCUUGUCCAGAGAACAAAUCUGUGGUCCCUCACUGCUGCCUCUCUUUAGAGAUUAACAGCCUGUAUUUUACUUUCCUGAAGAGACAACAGAACUUAAGUGACCUGUAGUAGAAAGAGGCGUGAUGAGUUAUGUGGAGCAAAACUGUACCUGUGUUGACUCUUAAAGGCGGUGUUUUCUGCGGGGCUCCCUGUAGGAGACGAAGAUAAAUAUACACGCUGACACAGAAACACAUGUUUAACAGACUUACACACAGAAACACAGGAUUAUUCAGUGUGUUACAUCAAAAGAUCCACUUUUACAGAGAGAGCAGUUCAGUGUUACAGUGCAGUGUGUGGUUGUGUUGUGAAGUGUAGAUUUAUAGUCAGUCUGUUUACAUUACCGUCUCAGAAUUUGCCGUACUUUGCCACUGGUGCAGGAGGCGGUGUGUUUAUCAAGUUUGAUGGUGCAGUUUUUGAAGAAAGCCUGGAGGUGGCUGUUCGGAAAAAGGCUCAAAGUUUCUGAAAACAUUUAUAUUUGGAGAUAUUGUGGAUUAGGAUUAACCCCAAUUCCAAUGAUGCUCAUCGGACUGCAGUCCAUGAUGUCAGAUCCUGUUCGGCCUCUUCCAGAUUUCAAAGGGAAACCCCAUCAGCUCUCCCCACUCUGCCGUAUUGAACUGUUUCUCUCCUCCACCCACACAGUGUGCAAUGUGCUAUCCCUCACUCUUUUAUGUCUGCAGAAAUAUAAUCAAUGUCCCGGGGUGCCCUGCAUCAGCACACUUUAACCAGAGGACCAGGCAGCAAGAGUCAGUGCUGCUGUUGAGAAAGAGUGAAUGUGUGUAAUCCGUUUGAUAAACAUGAUUUAAUUAUAAGACAGGAAGAACGGGGCGGUCUGCUUGUUCAGACUUUGAGUAUAUGGUUCAAAGGAUUAAUUAGUAAAAUUAUAUUUACGCACAAACAUUAAAAAGUCAACCUGAAAUGUCGCCUGCAUGCAUAUGAAUGUGAACAGCUGUUGAUUCUGCAGAAGAAACAUCUUACCGAGAGGAGAGAAAAUUCACCUUUUAAAACUUAUUAAAGCCGAGCAUAAAUGCAGUAUCAGUGUGGUGGAGGGCAGAGGAUGAUUUAUUGAUGUAGUUUACUCUAUACUGUUAUCAUUGUAGAGACAAAUGUAGAAAACAACAGUGCUGUUUGAAGAGCUAAUGAUCUGGAGAGCGAAUAUCUUUCCUACUUUUUUCAUUUUUGUCAAAACUUAAUGAAAUGUUUAUGUUCAUCACCAUAAGGUGGGUGUUGUUGUUCGUAUGUCCCAUAGUGAUAAAAUGCUCUUCUCUCAUGUAUAGUUUGCCUUUAUAAACAGACGUCCCUGCUCACCAGAGUGAACCCUCUAACACUCUGUUUGUUCACGGUGACAGAAUUAGUCCUAACCCUUACUUCAGAUCGGAGGGAGCAGGGAUCUCUCACCAUUUUGCAUCUGUUGGUCUGUUUGCUUCCUGUCGCUGUGGGGCCGGGCGGUGUGCCUGCUGGUCUGGGGAACCCUGACUUCCCUCUGUCUGCAUGUGAACCAUCAGAUGGCCCCAGAGAGUAUACAAAGGUGUCUGCUUUCAGGCGCGAUCGGUGCCCCUGGCUGUAAAUCUCUGCUGCAUUACGUGCCUCUAUUUGUGCACAGUAGUGUGUUUGUUUGUGUAACUGUCUGUCGCUUUAGAUCCAAUUGUCUCUACUUCUCCCUCUGACCCCGAACAUCCACAUAGCCCGGAUACUUCGGACGCCAAGUCCAGAAAUGGUUUGACUGUAACUCUAUACGCGCCAUGUUGAUUGGGGAAUUAAAUAUGUUUCAUGUACAUGACUUCGCCCGCUGCCGGGGUAUAAGAUCAGAGGGUCAGGUGGCUAAUGACAAGUUCAUCCUGGCUCUUACUCAGAUGAUCCUACCUGUCUUGGCUUCAUCAGUUACGAUCAUGUGAGAUUAACAAAUAAUCAGGAGAUGCGGUGGCUUACAUUAAUGUAUCAGGCACACAAUCUUCAAAUCCUGAAAGCUGCCUCUAUUAAUAUGAGCAUGAGCUAAGCCCAGGGGGUGGUGUGGUCUCUAAGUCAGCUCUUCACGUGAUGAGAUUAGAUGUGAUUCACGCGCUGUGACUUUGGAAGGACACGACUGCUGAUGUUUUGAAAGAGUGCUAUUAAAAAUGUGAACGUCUUAACACUUGAGGUGGUAUAAUGAGUUUUAGACGUGUGCCAGAGCGCUGGCUGAAGCUUUUGUGUUUGUCGUAUCCUUUAAUCAGUUUGGCAGGGAAACAGCCAGUUCCUCAUGGCUCAGAAAUAGUUGCACGGAUUUAGAGAAUUAACUAAGUGUUAAUUUUAUUUCUUUUGUACUUGGACAACAGUUGUGCACAGUUUCUACAAAUUUAUCAAACUGUUUUUUUUAUUAUGGCUUUGCAGAAACAUACAGUACCUUCUGUAUAUUCACUUUAAAUGAGGAUUUGGAAUUUCCCUCAUUAUUCUUUUGUCUCUGUGACAAAAAUCAACAGCAGUUCUCAUAUCAGUUUAGACAGAAGGCUUUGAAAUGGCUUCGUUUUGACAGAUGACAAAGAUAAUGAGAUGGAAGUUUGUCAGAAUUCAAGAAUCAAAAUUCAGACAACUUUAUCAUCCUUAAAGGAAAAGCUAGUUAUGCAGCCUGCUCAUAAAGCAUAUAUACAUAUACACAUGGACUCAUGUGUAUAUGUAUUAUGGGUGGGAAUCACCAGUGGCCCCACGAUAUGAUAUUAUCACGAUACUUGGGCCACGAUACGAUAUUGCGAUUUAUACAAUUUUUCAACUGUUUAGCUAAUUUGGCUUUCCUUUAUGUUUGUCUUAUUUAAACAUUAUUUUAUUUUCAUGUAGCACAUCUUGCAAACGUUAUGUAUGUACAUAUAUAUAUAUACAUAUAUAUAUAUAUAUAUAUAUUUUUUUUUGUUGUACUAACUUUCUCCUGCUCUAUGAUGUCGCCUCUGCCAACCUCACUGGACAAACAGUUGAUAUUAUUUUUUAUAUUAUUUUCCGAUGAUCAUAGAUUAGAUUUUAUAUUAGCGAUUGAUUUGAAAAAUCGAUACUUGGUAAAUAAGUCGAUACGAUAUAUCACCAGACAAAAUAUUGCAAUACUAUGCUGUAUCGAUUUUUUUCUCCCACCUUUGGUAACAACACAACUUCAAAAUAGAUAUUUAAAGAAACCGAGCGAAAGUAAAUAAAGAGUUUGAAUAUCUGUUAAUUUACCUUUAUGUGGGAGGGAAGGAUGAUUGAUUUACAGUUUUGUUUGGCAUCCUGCCCCAUCUGUUUUUUUUUUACCUGGCGACGGCUCAUGUCGCUCAGCUGAAUUUUGACGAUGUAAUUAAGACUGUUUCUGACUUUAACAGGCAACCCGUUUAACAUUUGUAAAGAUGAUCAAUAAAAACAGAUCAAAUGUGCACAAAGAUAUCUGAAGUGUUGAGCGUCUGCAUCAAUCUUUAUCAUUGUGAUCAUAAAACUUCAGUGACGACCUCAAUACUCUUCCAAGGUGCCUGUACUCUGGAUGUCCUCUUCUUGAAUGAUUUUGUGUUUGUGUUUAUGACAGCUUUUAAAAUCCUCUGAAAUCACGAGUCCGAGGCUCUGAGUCCGUCUGGUGCAGCUCUCCUUGACUCAGUUCUCCUCCUUGUCGAACAGAGGUAGAGUGACUGAAGCAAAGUGAAUCUGCUAUUUGAGACUGUGGCUGUAGAAAUAGAAGGAAGCCUCUUGGUGGACCGCUGUAUAACGUAGGGGCAUAUAUCGCACUCUUGUCAUCUGAUCACACAUCUUGUCUGGGAGCAGUGAGUCACUCGUCAUUUCAGUCUGCUUUUAGAUAUCCACCAGCGCUCACCCAUCUCCUUAAUGGAUCUUCAGAGUUAGAAAUGUUCCUGCUUUCCUUAAAUUCAAUCCAAUUAAUCCUGUUUUUGUUCAGCCUUGUUCAUCUGAUCUUCUCUGUGACCUCAACAUUCAGUUUUGAUUGAUGAAACAGAAAUCCACGUCUGAAACUCAGCCCUGAAGUUGUGUGACGGUCUCAGUAUUGAACUCUGUUUUGCACAUUUUUAUGAGAAGUCCUGUUUGUUUGGUUUGUGUUCAGGUUUAGAAACAAUUUCAUAUUGAGUGUUGUUACUCACUUCUGCAGUGAAGAGGAGGAGGGAGCACACUGCUCCACUUUCCAGAGUGCAAAGCAGGGAACACAAGGACAAGACGGAGUCGACAUUUCAGGGCUGAGGCGAGAUAGAUGAUAGCCCAACUAUAGGAGAGGGGACACUCUACAGCCAAGGAAACAUUAUAGGCCUCUGGGUAUUAGAAAGUAGUAGAUGUUGUGAGGUCACUUUACAUUUUCCUUUCUCGUGUCAUAAACUUCGACAUGCAAACUCUCCUGUUCUGCUGUCUUACUUUGAAGUGCCUCCCUGCUCUCCUAAACACUUUCUCGUGACACAUAUGUGGUGCUGAAUCACCGGGGGGAGAAGACAGCAGGCAGGUCAAGAACGAGGGGACAGGAUGAUUCACGAGUCGUCGGGGUGGAAGGGGAGAGAAGUCAGGAAAAAGUGCAGAACUGUAGAGAUGAAUAUUAACCAGGUUAAGUGAUGGAUCCACUUGCAUAAUGACUGAGUAGAAGGAGCAGCUGAGAAUGCCGAGUGUCAGGUGUAGGUUUCACAGGGGAGGGGGUGUUUAUCGCUGUAUUUACACCACUCUCUGCAGGCUGCAGGCAUUGACAAGUAGCAACAAAUUACUGUCUGUUAGCAUGCUGAUUGUGGAGGUCGGGCGUACAUAUUGUUCCAGCGCUUCAUCAUCAGAGCUGCUCUUAGCGUGUCAGCUUUGUCUUCUUCAAACCACUCGUCCUUAUUUUGAUAACCUUGUAGGUCAUUAAAUGAGUUAUCUGCUGCUUUGUUUUCAGUAGAGACACAAUAUUCACUUUAAUGAACUGCAUAACUAAAUUGACCAUGUUUGGCAAAGUUCAUAAAAAGGUCUUUAGGUCUCCAUAAAAAAAUUAAUUGUGUGUUUAUUUAUUUACUUUCUCAUUAUAUUUUCAUUGUUGAGAUGCUCCUGUUGUUUCAAUCAACUUUAUAUUGUUUAAGUUUACAUCACAUCUGUAAAGUCUGCCAACACGUGACGGUUGAGGCGAGCAAACCUUUUCUUGACACCUUAACUGCAGCCAUAAAAAGGCCGGUGAUUUACUCAGCGAUGUGACAAGUCCUGAGUUCAGCUGGAUUUAAUAAAAGAAACUUUCACAGGAGCACAAAAGGAUGUUUUCCACAAUAAAAAAGCAGAUAUUACAGAACACACCAGCUGUGAAACUACGUUGUGGUUAAAGCCGAGAUAAGUGGGAGCAUAAAACUCCAUGAAUAAGAGUAACCUUAAGUGUCUGUGUUUUUGCUGCAGGAUGACCAGGUCGUACUGCAGUGCACUGCCUCCGUCCUGAAGGAGCAGAUUAAGCUGUGUCUGUCCUGUGAGGGCUUCGGGAACCGUCUCUGCUUCCUGGAAACCACCUCCAAUGCUCAGGUAAGAUGCUGAAUACUUUCCCCUUUCGCUUGUAAGUUUAUAUUGGUUAAUUUAUUAUUAUUUUUAAACUCUGUUUGACCUCUGUGCUCUUCAUGCAUGUGCAGAAUGUGCCCCCAGACCUGGCCAUAUGCAGCUUCAUUCUGGAGCAGUCCCUGUCGGUCCGCGCUCUGCAGGAGAUGUUGGCCAACACAGUGGAGAUGACUGAGGUAGGACUAAGAAACGUAAAUAAAGGGAGAAGCUCAAACUUUAUUGAAAUCAGAUUUAGGAUUUUGUUUUGCAGAUUUGUGAGAUAUGAAAUGGUAAAAGCAAAGGUUCCUCAUUCAUGUAAAAGUUAUUCAUUUCUUCUCUAAAGGAUUCAGCUGCAGACGAUGUGUUUUUGCACAGAAUCAGGGCCUGAGUCUUUAAACAUCAACACACUACUGCCAUUUAGCUUUAAUCCCAUUAAUGAAGCUGCUCAACAUAAUCCUUGAGACUACAUGGAGAACAAAAGAUGGAGCUGUUAUUUGCCUUUUACUUGAUUUGGUUUUCAUUUGACUCGGUAUCUCACGCUUCAUUCCUCCCUGCCCCUCUUCCUCUCUGCCAAGCAGGCAGUCGAUUUGGACAAAUGGGUAUGUCUGUGAACACGUAUGAUUUCCUGUAACACACAUCCCACCCAGCCCCAACAGAUGUCCUUGUUCCUUUCCUGUUGCCCACUAGAUGUCUUUUUGAAUAGAAAGUGCUGAUUCAUUUAGCAUCUAUGAGACCCUCUCCUCCAGGUUCUCUGUCUGUCAGCAGCUGGUGGAGUCAAAAUCUGUUGCUAUAGCUUUCAUCGAAAAGAAAAAAACAGCUGAGGGAUCAGCAGUUUACAGACGCGUCUGUGUUGAGUGUACAGUGUUUGAUGUGCUUCUAGUUUUUGUUGUACACUAAUAGUUGCAUUUGUUACAACUCAACAAAAAGACUCAGCGAGGAGUCACCAUGCAUCACUCUUUUCAUUUCAUGCAAACCUAUCACAAGUAUGUUUUUCUUUAUUGAUAACCCUGUCAUAAAGAUAACCCUACCUUGUUUGGUUGUUAUCCUUCAUUGUUUCAGCAGUGUUUGUUUGACUUUUCAGUUAAGAAGCAAAUUUCUGCUGUCCAAGAGAAUUUAAUUCAGCUGCAAAAAUAACUUAUUUUUAUAGAUUUGGAUUAAGGAUCAACUAAUAAUCGGCACGGCUGAUAAAAUCAGCCGAUAUUCAGCUUUUUUACAAUAAUCGGCUCUUACACGGCCGCCUCUCUCUGCCAGAAGUCACCACUAUUGGCUGUGUAAUAAUGUCCCGCCCACAGUCCCCAGUGAUUGGCUACACAGACAGCCAAUCAAUACUCAAGUUUCUAGGUGCAGUUCCACAGCAAGGGAGAGAGAGAAGAGAGCGGUAUGUUUUCCGCUGCUGAUUGGAUGUGAGGCUCCUGUUCCUUUCACCGAAGUUUAUUAACACCUUAGAACUAAAAGUUAAAGUAAACGACAUAAAAGCCAACAUCAGUUAUUUUAAUCAUUACUUAAAUAGCAUUGUUUAGCACUGUAGCCAACACAGAUAACUUUACUGUCAAAAAUAAGAUCUUUUAACUUACACUUCUCUUAAAACCACAUUUCCACAGUUAUAACAAACACCGUGAAGCAUGGAGAAACAAAACAAAAGAACCAAACUAGCAGGUAACUCCACCGUUAGAGGUGCUCCUCGGCACGUGUUUCAAAAUAAGGCCAAAAUAUAAGUUUUUACUGCAAUUGAAUAUCGGUUCUAAAUAUCUGUUAUCGGUUUCCUUGAUUACCAAUAACUGGUAUCAAUAUCGGCCCUAAAAAUUACAUAUUGGUCCAUCUUUAAUUUGGAUAUUAUAUGUAGAAGCCAGCCAGUUGAAGAGUAGAAACCUGUGAUGCUCAAAACCAGAACAGAAAAACAAAAUUACCCUCUUUCCAAGGAUAAAAUAGGGAUACCUAGUUAGCAUGCCCUGUUAGCAUGCUGAUUGUGUCCUCUAUCCAGUCUUCUUCAAGCAGCGUUUUAUUAGUAACUCUACUCAAGCUGCUCAUAGACGUUUCUGUCCACACAGGAGUUGAAAGACGUGGAUGAGCCAGACCUUUCUAAUGAUGAGCAAGCGAAUGAGAAUAGCACGGCAUGCGGCACAGUCGAGGAUCCAGCCCACCUCUAUCGCAGUAGAGGAGGGUAACCAGACACCCCCCGAUCUCCUGACACGCCUCCCCCACUUUUAACGCAUGCAAACUCAUAAACACACAGAUGCACACGUAAUGUUAAAGUUCUGUACUCAUGAGGACCCUGAUUGGAAUAAUCUCACUAAACGUCACUAUUAACUACGUUGCCCUAAAUGUAAAUGCCUGAAUUGAAAAGACAGCAAAUUAAGCACACGAUCAAAUACACACCUGAGAAAUCACACCAAAACACCAGCAGCUCUGUCCAAACCUCUCACCAAUGUGGACCUCAUGGUUUAAUUCUCUCAUCAAACCUGCCUGUUGUUUUUGUGGGCGACCCUACAGAAGGCCUCACUGUAAGCCCACCUAAAUGAAUGCAUAAGCUUAUCUAUCUUUAAAUGUUCUAGUAAUUGUGUUUUCUUAUUGCAUCCUUGCUGGAUGUUGAGAAAAGGUAGGAUGGAUUAAUUUCCUGUGUGAGAUGAAAAUCUGUCAUGACUUGAUUGAAAGUUUUCACCUCGUUUUUCAUCACGUCAAACUUCAUCAGUCACAUCAUCGUGAGCCUAAUCUUUUAACGCCUGGUAACUAUGAUUUACAUUUUCCUGUGGACCCUGAAUUUGUUGUGUUACUGUGUGAUUUGGUUAAAAAGUCAUUGCUAAUUUGUGAAUCAUCCCUGAUCAUCUUUGAUUACAAAUGACUCACAGAAGUUGGAAAUUUUCUGAGUUUUUCACAUGCCUUCAUUGUUCUGUGUGAAAUCUUCAUCUUUAAAUGAAGUAACAGCUUUUACUGUUGCUAAUUAAUUAAAUCUUCUGACCUCUGUCCCUUCUAAAACACGUCCUAGUCUCUCCUCUGAUCAAGGUUUAAUGUCAUGGUGAAGUCUGUCCUGAUUGAUAUUUCUUCUUCUUCUCCCUUCAGUCGUCCCAAGGUGGAGGCCAUCGUACCUUACUGUACGGUCAUGCCAUCCUUCUGAGACACAACCACUCAGGCAUGGUAAGACUUUGUUCAAAAUUUACUUAACAAAAAGAUGGUUUGAUUCUGUGAAUCGUCGUCCUUCUAAUGUCCGAUGUCAAACUCCUCUCCAGUACCUGAGCUGUUUGACGACAUCAAGAUCACUCACAGACAAGCUGGCUUUUGACGUGGGCUUACAAGAAGACUCCACCGGUAAAUUAGAGUUUUGGUUUUCUGAUCUUUGAGUGAGUUUUAGGAGGUUUGGGUAAAAUCUGAGGAAAAUGGAGAUGUUUCCUUUUCUUAUUCCAGGUGAGGCGUGUUGGUGGACCAUUCAUCCAGCUUCUAAACAGAGGUCAGAAGGUGAAAAGGUCAGGGUGGGUGAUGACCUCAUCCUCGUCAGCGUGUCCUCUGAGAGAUACCUGGUGAGACUCCUCGUGGUGUUGUUGUUCUGUCACACAGUGGAGGAUUUUAAAGGUUUAUGCUAUAUUAAACUUUAUGUUGUUCUCUGCUCUUCUUAUCAACAGCACUUGUCCUACGCCAGUGGAGAUCUGAUGGUAGACGCCUCCUUCAUGCAGACACUCUGGAACAUGAACCCAAUAAUGUCAGGAUGCGAGCUCGCUGAGGGUACAGAUCUGAUUGAAUUUAGACAUUUUGGACAAAUUUGAGCUCAUAGAAAUCAGAACAGAAAAACUGUCAUUUUUACAGAGUUAUACAUAUUAACGUGCUCUUCCUCUCAGGUUAUCUGACGGGGGGUCACGUUCUCAGGCUCUUCCACGGUCACAUGGACGAGUGUCUGGCCAUCGCUACACCAGAGGAAGGAGAAGAAAAGCGCAGGUAGGAGGAAAAAGGAGGCAGAGCAGAUCUGGGCGGUGAAAUAUCCUCUUUAUCUUUUACCGUUAAACCAACUGUGUGUCCUCUGUGACUCUGGUACAGGAUGGCUCACUAUGAAGGCGGCUCUGUUUGCAGUCAAGCUCGGUCCCUGUGGAGGUUGGAGCCUCUCAGAAUCAGGUGAUUGUCUUUGAAUGUCAUGAUGUGAAAUUUGUGCCAUAUAUAUUUUUGCUGACAGAUUUGAAGAUUGAAAAAAAAAAACAGAAUAAGAAACAGAAACUUCUUCAGAGAGGAUAAAUGAUAAAUCUGGGAUAACAACUUAAUCAUUUUUCUGAUGUCCUUGUUGUUCCUGAAAAAAAAAACUAUAAAAAUAAAACGUUUAUACUUAUUUUUUGCUUUCUCCCUGCAGCUGGAGCGGUAGUCACAUGAAGUGGGGGCAGUCUUUCCGCAUUCGCCACAUCACCACAGGCCGGUACCUGUGUCUGGAUGAGGAAAAGGGUCUGUUGGUGGUCGACCCUGAGAAGGCAAACACAAAACUAUCUGCUUUCUCCUUCCGUGUUUCAAAGGUCAGUCACAACAGUUUCAUUUCUCUUCUCUCUGGACGGCUGUUGUUGUUGUUGUUGUCGUUGUUGUUGUUGUCGUCGUUGUUGUUGUUGUUGUUCUGUGUUUUAUUCACCUCUGAUUUUCUUCCGUCUCUCUUUUCUGUCGUGGUCCGCUUGAGCAGGAGAAGGUGGAUGUGGCUCAGAAGCGCGAUGUUGAAGGAAUGGGUAUCCCAGAGAUCAAGUAUGGAGAGUCGAUGUGCUUCGUUCAGCACGUGUCCACAGGCCUGUGGCUCACAUACGCUGCUCUGGAUGCCAAAGCUGCUCGUUUGGGAAUGAUGAAGAGGAAGGUAAAAUAUCAAUAUAAAAAAAAAAACUUAUUCUAACAUCAGAAGCUGAGAGAGUAAAAUUGGAGAUUAUUGUGUAAAAUAAAAACCUCUGUGUUGUCUUUGUGCUCAGGUCAUUCUGCACCAAGAGGGUCACAUGGAUGACGCCCUGACUGUUUCCCGCUCCCAAACUGAAGAGUCUCAGGCUGCUCGAAUGAUUUACAGCACCAUGGGUCUCUUCAGGCAGUUCAUCAAGUGAGUUUGUGUAUUUGGAAAAAACUAGUCCCCCUCUUUUACCCCCAAAAGACGUUCACUGUUUUAAAGGAGCUUGUUUCUUGUAUGAACUCUUGAUUUUGAUCUUAAACAUGAAAAUUCAAACAGACGAGUAAAUCUCCUGAUUUUGCUCUUGUUGCUGUUCUCUGUGUGUGUUUGAUCCUCCAGAGGUCUGGACUCACUUAGUGGGAAGAACAAGUCUCCAGGUGCUUUAUCACUUCCUCUGGAGGGGGUCAUCCUCUCUCUCCAGGAUCUGAUCUUCUACUUCCGUCCUCCUGAGGAGGAACUGGAGCAUGAAGAGAAGCAGACCAAACUUCGCUCUCUCCGCAACAGGCAGAACCUCUUCCAAGAGGAGGUACUGAACACUCUGACCGCACCACCACCUCACUCCACCUUCAGACGUUUGUGUCCACCAACAGAUUUUACCGUGCAUAAUGAAACUUUCACUUGGACUCGUUUCUGUCUCUUCCAAAGACAUUUUGCUGAUUAAAACCUGAUCCAUGGAGGCGAACUACAAAAUUUGUUUUUUCUUUUUUCCAGGGAAUGAUCACCAUCGUGCUCGAGUGCAUCGACCGCCUGAAUGUGUACAACACCGCCGCCCACUUUUCUGAAUUUGCCGGAGAAGAAGCUGCAGAGUCCUGGAAGGAGAUUGUCAACCUCUUUUAUGAGCUGCUGGGUAAAAUUAUCUCUCUACAGAGUCUGAGAGGAAUCUACUGAAUUCUGUCUGUACUGAAAGUAACAUCUCAGUGUCUCUGUCUCCCCCAAACAGCCUCACUGAUCAGGGGGAAUCGCUCUAACUGUGCUUUGUUUUGUGACAACCUGGACUGGCUGGUCAGUAAGCUCGAUCGACUGGAGGCAUCUUCAGGUAUCAGAUAUGCUCCUAUCAUUCAUUGUGCAUACCUUUUAAAACUGACGUGUACACAAAUGGUCUGUCUAAUAAAAGUGUAUAAAAAUGUUAAUACAUUAAUAUAUUUUUUUAUUUUUAAUGGAAGUCAUUGAUCAUUUCUCUCCUCCUUGUCUGUGUAGGAAUCCUUGAGGUGCUGUACUGUGUGCUGAUUGAAAGUCCUGAGGUUCUGAACAUCAUCCAGGAGAACCACAUCAAAUCGAUCAUCUCUCUCCUGGACAAACAUGGAAGGAACCACAAGGUUUGUGUUUUUCUCACCGUCAGAAAAAUGGAUGGAAAGUUUGUUUUUGUCUGAGAUUGAAACAGUUUCUUUUUGUCAUGGGUUACUCUCCUGUCUGCCUGUAGGUUCUGGAUGUCUUGCGCUCUCUUUGUGUGUGUAAUGGUGUUGCUGUGAGGUCCAAUCAGAACCUCAUCACUGAAAACCUGCUCCCGGGUCGUGACCUGCUGCUGCAGACCAACAUUGUGAACUACGUCACCAGGUACUUCUGCUUCUGUUUAGUUUUGAUUUGAUUGAAACUGCAAAAAUCAGGUUCUCAGUGUCUUUCCUGUUUGUUUUCUGUAAAUUUGAUAUUAACUUGUUUUCCGUUUCCCGCCUCAGUGUCAGACCCAACAUCUUCCUAGGUACAUGUGAGGGGUCCACGCAGUAUAAGAAGUGGUACUACGAGAUGAUGGUGGACUAUGUGGAACCCUUUGUGACCGCACAGGCUACCCACCUGCGUGUGGGCUGGGCUAUGACUGAGGGCUACAGCCCCUAUCCUGGAGGGGGAGAGGGCUGGGGAGGCAACGGGGUGGGAGACGACCUUUACUCCUACGGCUUUGAUGGACUGUGUCUGUGGUCAGGUAAGAGGAUUAUAAUUUACCUGUCUGCUCUAAAGUUUUGCCGAAUGAUUUACAUGUUGACAUGUGACUUCCUUGCAGGUACGGUACCGCGCCAGGUGGCUUCACCCGACGCACACAGCCUCGCUGCAGAUGACGUCAUCAGCUGCUGUCUGGAUCUGAGCGUGCCGAGUAUCUCCUUCCGUAUAAACGGCCACCCGGUUCAGGGCAUGUUUGAAAACUUCAACGUUGACGGCCUCUUCUUCCCCGUCAUCAGCUUCUCAGCUGGAGUCAAGUGAGAAUAAACCAGAUUAGAUUUAAUCUGCUCUUCAAAUUCAUCUUCAAUUUAAUUAAACAUUAAUGAGAUGCAUUUAUGUUUUAACGGUUAACAGUAUCUGUGUCUAUCUCGUGUCUACCUUUAAAAGACACAUGAAGAGGGUGAAGACUGACAGAGUCUUCACCCUUCAAUUUUCUUUUAUUUGACUUCAACCAGCGUCAUAUAAACCUUGGAUUAACUCUUGAGUAAUCACCUUUCUACCCUCACAAGAUAUUUUCAAGUGUCUUAUUCAGUGAUUGCCAACAGCGCUGAGAUGCAGUGAAUGGGAAAUGGACUGAUAAGUGGAAGGAGGUGUGGGGGUAAAGUCCCAGGAACUGGCACAGAUAUUAGAUCGAUGUUUUUCUUAUUAAAAGACUUAUAAAGUUUAGAGUGCUAUUCACUUCAUAAACCUAAGCAGUGUGUAAAAAUCUCUGCCCAACUCUGCGUCUCUCACCUCAGGGCUCGGUUCCUCCUCGGUGGUCGUCAUGGAGACUUCAAGUUCAUGCCCCCGCCGGGCUACGCUCCGUGCUACGAGGCUCUGCUGCCCAGAGAGAGGAUGCGCAUCGAACCCAUCAAGGAGUACAAACACGACUUUGAAGGUGUGCGCAACCUGUUGGGUCCGACCCAGUCCCUCACCCACACCUCAUUCACCCCCUGCCCCGUGGACACCGUUCAGGUAAAUCCAAAACUUCGGAUCAGACCUGGAUCAGGUUGUGGAAAUAUCUGUGAAUUGGUUUCUUUAUUAUUUUUCUUUGUCGGACAGAUUGUGUUGCCGCCCCAUUUGGAGAGAAUCCGAGAGAAGCUGGCGGAGAAUAUCCACGAGCUCUGGGCUGUCACCCGUAUUGAGCAGGGCUGGACCUACGGGACUGUGAGUAUGAAGUUUUCCCUCCAUUACAGAUGCAAACGUUUAGAGCCACUGAUUUGACAACGUCAUGGAUGAUUUCUGAUUCUUGGACCAUGAAAGAAUUAUAUUUCAAAAUGACACGUUAGAUAUUGAGCUGUAACUCUACCGUCAACUUCCUCCACAGUUCAGGGAUGACAACAAGAAACUCCAUCCUUGCCUGGUGGACUUCCAGAGUCUGCCUGAACCAGAGAGGAACUACAACCUGCAGAUGUCUGGCGAGACUCUAAAGUGAGUUCCCAGUUUAGGUUUUGUAGGAGGUUCCAGUUUGUUCAGGAGGACCCGCUGACACCUGUGCUCUUGUUUUUAGGACUCUCUUGGCUCUGGGUUGUCACGUUGGUAUGGGUGAUGAGAAAGCAGAGGAGAAUCUCAAGAAGCUGAAAAUGCCCAAGACGUACGUCAAGUCUAAAUAUUUCUGAUUUCUUUAUUUUCCUUCCUCUCUGUUCUAUAACUGUCUUUGUAAAUAUUGACAUAUAUACAUCUCCUUAUCUUGUAGCUAUGUGAUGACCAAUGGAUACAAGCCUGCCCCCCUUGACCUAAACCACGUCAAACUCACGCCAAAUCAGAACCAGCUGGUAGAAAAACUGGCAGAAAAUGGGCAUAAUGUUUGGGCCAGGGACCGUGUUCGGCAGGGAUGGACCUACAGUAUUGUGCAGGUGAACAUUUCCAUCCCUUCCUAAUCUUCAGUGAGAACUGUUCAGAAAAGGUCACAGAUACUUUCCUUCAUUUUUUAAGUAAGUUUUGUGUUUUUUUCUCAGGACAUCAUAAAUAAGAGAAACCCUCGUCUGGUACCGUACAACCUGCUGGAUGAGAGAACUAAGAAAACAAACCGAGACAGUGUCAACAACGCUGUCCGCACCCUCAUUGGCUAUGGCUACAACAUCGAGCCGCCAGAUCAGGAAAGCUGUGAGUCUGCGUGCCGCACAAAAUAACUAUCCCCGCUCCUGGCUGAUCCUUCGCCUCAUCAACUGUUUCUCCUCCCUGCAGCUGGCCAUGGCCUUGAGAACACUCGGGGUGACAAGAUCCGGAUCUUCAGGGCAGAGAGGUCCUACGCUGUCACCCAAGGGAAGUGGUACUUUGAGUUUGAGGCUGUAACCACCGGGGAGAUGAGAGUGGGCUGGGCUCGUCCAAGCGUCCGCUCUGACACUGAGCUAGGAGCCGAUGAACUGGCUUACGUCUUUAACGGCAACAAGGUCAGUCCCGGUCUGCAGAUCCAUCUCUAACUGAACCUGAGGUCUUUUAGGUUAGGGUUACUAUGGAAACUGUGUCCCUAGAAACGUGGAUUCCUGCCCUUAAGUUCACGUACUUUUGGAUAAAGACGACACACAGAUUUGAUAAACCAAAUCUAUGGAAGAGGAUGAGGGCCACAAGAAGAGAAAAAAAAUCACAGGAGGGAGAUUUUUGAAAUUUCCGUUUUAAAAUUAAAGUCAAAAUUUUUUAGGAAAAAGUAGAAAUUGUGACUUCAUUCAUGUCGACUUUAAUCUUUAAAUAUCGACUUUAAUUUCAAAAUUUUGAAAAUUUUUAAUGUCGAAAUUUCGUCAUUAUUCACUACAUUUUGUAAUCUCAAAAUUUUUACUUUAAUCUCCUUCCUGUUUUAUUUUUUCUCUUCAUGUGGCCCUAAUCCUCUUUCCUUACCAAAUCUACGGAAGAGGAUUAGGGCCACUGGAAAAAAAAGAUUAGAUAUAAUUGUUUUUAAAUUAUUAUUCUGAGAAAAAAAGUCAGAAUUCUGACUUUAAACUCAGAAUAAUAAUUAAAAAAAAAUUAUAUUCUCCCUUUUUUUUCUGAUCGGCCCUAAUCCUCUUCUGUACAAAUAGCUAAUUAUCUUAUAAGAUUAAAUAAAAUAAAGAAUUUACAAAUUAGAUAAAGCUCUGGUAAUAGCACAUCUUUAUUUUUACCAAAUCUCAUGUGCUUCUGUUUGUUUAAUUUUGAUUUGAAGUUUUACACUUUACCUUAUUAUCGAUGUUGAUCUUUCCAGGCUCAGAGGUGGCACAUCGGGAACGAACCCUUCGGUCGCCAGUGGCAGUCUGGUGAUGUAGUCGGCUGUAUGAUUGACCUGACUGAGAUGAACAUCAUGUUCACACUCAACGGAGAAAUGUUAAUCAGUGACUCGGGCUCAGAGAUGGCGUUCAAAGAUAUUGAAAUCGGGGAAGGUACUAAAAAACUGUCAGCAUCAGCAUCACUUUCUACUUUGAAUUGAAUUUAGAUCUAGAAAACUUCUCUGUGUUUUUACACCCCCUCCAGGUUUUAUCCCAGUGUGCGCCUUGGGCCUGUCUCAGGUCGGGAGGAUUAAUCUCGGUCAGAACGUCAGCAGCCUGCGUUACUUUGCUAUCUGUGGCCUACAGGAGGGAUUUGAACCUUUUGCCAUCAAUAUGAAACGAGACAUUACCAUGUGGUUCAGUAAAAGUUUGCCCCAGUUUGUGCCUGUACCCACUGAUCACAACCAUAUCGAGGUAAUAACUGAUGAACUCUUUAAUAAAUCCUCAAUUUAAAGGUCAGGUUAUUUAUUCUUAAUCAUGUCGUUUCCCAGGUCUCCCGUGUUGACGGGACAGUAGACAGCGCUCCAUGCCUGAAGCUCACCCACAGGACAUUCGGCUCUCAAAAUGCCAACACUGAUAUGAUGUUCCUGAGACUGAGCAUGCCUGUCCAGUUCCACGAGACCUUCAAGAUCCCAGCAGGCACCACUCCUCUCACUCGUGCUCUCACCAUACCUGAGGAGGAGGUGAUCGUGGUGGAGCCCGACUCGGAGUUUGAAGUUCUGAAAAAGUCUGCCAGCCGCAAGGAGCAGGAGGAGGAUAAGAAGGAGCCGUCUGUGCCGAAGGAGGUCUCCAUGGAGAACGAAAAGGACACGAUGUCAGAGAAGAAGAAAAAAGGGUGAGUGUGUCUCUCCGAAAAAGAACAAGCCUGCAGCCUUUUAAGGGAACAGAUUAUUAUAUGAGACUUAAUCCAUCCAAAACAAACAGAAGAGCAAUUUACGUCAUUAAAACUCAGUGCAGCGGCUCGGUUUGCUGUCAUCAGAUAGUAUUAUACUUGAUAUUAAACUGCAAACCAGCUCAGAAACAGCACAUUGGUGAUUUUUCUUUUCUUUUUGGUCGUUGCAGUUCACUGAUCUUGCAUUUUAAGUUUGUAGAGUUCUUCAAAGUUGACAUGAAUAUUUAAGUGGUCUGGUGCAGCUUUAAGAUCUCAUAACUAUUUUUCAUGAAUAUUUACUGAAUAAAAAUGAUCUUCUUUAUACAACAGAUUCUUCUCCAAGGCCAAGAAGGCCGCCAUGACACCUCUUGCCCCUCCUCCUGCCCCUCCAACGGUUCCACGUCUGGUGGAGGAUGUGGUCCCCGAUGACAGAGACGACCCGGAGAUCAUCCAGAGUACCACCACUGUGAGUUAUAAAGCCAGAUACCAAUGCUGAGCCUGCUGUACGUCAAAUAUACAAACUCUGAGUUGUAUUUGCACAUUUCUUUCAGUAUUACUACUCUGUGAGGAUAUUUGCUGGGCAGGAGCCCUCUGGGGUGUGGAUUGGCUGGGUCACCCCUGAUUACCACCAGUUUGAUCCGACCUUUGACCUCACAAAAGUGCGCAGUGUCACUGUAACCGUGGGAGAUGACAAAGGCAACAUACAUGACAGGUUUGAUUUCAUUCAUAAGAGCAUAGUUUUACUUAAAGAGGUAAACAAAGCAGUUCAGGCCGACCGUUUCGGGAAAAGUAAAGAUAGAUGAAGUUUAUAACAGAUACUGCUGUUAUUUUUCAGUAUGAAACACAGUAACUGCUACAUGGUUUGGGGAGGGGACCUGGUCAGCACUCAGCAGACCCGCUUCAGCCAGGAGGACAUGGUGGUCGGCUGUUUUGUUGACCUGGCAACGGGUCUAAUGACUUUUAUGGCCAAUGGGAAAGAGAUUAACACCUUCUACCAGGUAAGGAAGACGACUCAGUGGAGGUUGUGCACAUAUAUGUUUCCUUUUCCACCUCAAAUAAGUCUGCAUGAGUCUCAUUCGUUAUGCAGCUGUAAAACCAGAAGUGUUUUAUUUCAGGUGGAGCCCAACACCAAGCUGUUUCCUGCGGUCUUUGUUCAGCCCUCCAAUCAGAACCUUGUGCAGCUGGAGUUGGGCAAACUCAAGGUCAGGAAAGAGAUUCGCUCACACUUGGAUAUAGAGAUACAGCGACCUUGUUGUUCAUGUCUUUCCCCCUCAUUCUUCAUCCUCUACCAUAAAGUAAUCAUAUUAUAAAUUGGUCCUUUGGAUUGUCUGAACUAUUCGACCCUCUUGCUUACAGAACAUAAUGCCGAUCUCAGCCGCCAUGUUCCGUAGCGAGCGUAAGAACCCUGUGCCCCAGUGCCCUCCCAGGCUGGAUGUUCAGAUGCUGACCCCGGUCAUCUGGAGUCGUAUGCCCAAUCAUUUCCUGAACCCUGAAGUGGGCAAAGUUAACGAGAGGUUGGGCUGGGUGUUGGAGUGUACCGAACCUCUGACCAUGAUGGCUCUGCACAUCCCAGAGGAGAACAGGUGAACCACAUGCCAGCAGAAUGCAGUAUUUGUUUUCUGUGAAUGUUGUGCAGUUUACCUUAGAUUUAAUCCCCUUUGACUUUUUUGUCCUCGCUGCAUUAAUUUUCAUUUUGAUCAUUAUUUUUUCAGAUGUAUUGACAUCUUGGAGUUGUCGGAGCGUCAGGAUCUGAUGAAGUUCCACUUCCACACCCUCAUGCUCUACUGUGCUGUCUGCGCUCUCGGUAAUAAUCGUGUGGCUCAUGCCUUGUGCAGCCAUGUCGAUGAAUCUCAGCUUUUCUACGCCAUCGAGAACACCUACCUGCCUGGACCUCUGCGCAGCGGCUACUAUGAUCUGCUGAUCAGUAUCCACCUGGAGUCUGCCAAACGGGCACGUUUGGGAACCAACAGAGAGUUUAUCGUCCCCAUGACGGAGCAGACUCUGAGCAUCCACCUCUACCCUGAUGCAAAGAAAGCCCACUCUCUCCCAGGUGUUGGCCUCACGACCUGCUUACGCCCCAAACUACAUUUCUCCUCCAUCAACUUUGUUGGCACAGACCCUGACCUCUACACCAUCAGUCCCAUUUUCCCGCUGCAGGUAAGAGACCAGAAAUUUUCCAAAAUGUUAAGAAUUUUUAUUUGGCUGUAGCUGAUUUUUUUGUCUUUUUUAUCAGGAGCUGAAGACCAAGGCGAUUAGCAUGUUAACAGAGGCUGUGCUGGAUGGUAGCCAGGCUAUGCGGGAUCCAGUAGGGGGCAGCGUGGAGUUCCACUUUGUUCCGAUCCUGAAGCUCAUCAGUACGCUUCUUAUCAUGGGCAUCUUCAACGACGAGGACUCCAAACACAUCCUCAAGAUGAUUGAUCCAAACGUUUUCAGCGGAAAGGAGGAGGAAGAGGAGGAAGAGAAAGCAGAGGAGGGUGGGGCUGCUGAAGGAGAAGGUGACGAGGAAGAGGAGGAGGAGGAGGAAGAGGAGGAGGAGAAAGAUGAAGAAGCAGAGCUUGAGGAUGAAGGGGUCGGUGAUGAGGAGGUGGAGCUGAAAGAAGUGGAAAAAGCCGAGCAUGAGGAGACAGAAGCAGAGCCGAAGGAGAAAGAGGAGGGAGAGGAGAAGGAGGAGGGAGAGGCCAAAGGAGGAAAGGUGGAUGGAGAGAAGGCAGAGGAGGAGAAGGAGGCAGAGGUAGUGGAAGCUGAACCCAAAGAGGAAGAUGAGGGUCCAGAAGAAGGAUUACUCCAAAUGAAGCUUCCAGAGUCUGUCAAGCUGCAGGUCAGUUUUAUUUAUUUAAAGACUCUCUGAUGUUCAAAAGAUGUUUACAUUUUCCUCCAUCUUUAAUCGUCUUUAAUCGUUAUUUAUCGUUUUUUAACCUUCACAGAUGUGCACACUCCUGCAGUACUUCUGCGACUGUGAGCUUCGCCACAGGGUCGAGGCUAUCGUGGCGUACUCGGACCAGUUCGUCCACGACAUCCAGAACAACCAGCGUAUUCGUUACAACCGCUUAAUGAGAGCCUUCACCAUGUCAGCCGCUGAGACCGCCAGACGGACCCGUGAAUUCCGCUCACCGCCGCAAGACCAGGCACGGGAUCAUUGAUCUUCACAAAUCCCUUUUGUUUUUUUUGGUUUUUUUUAAAUUUCAUGGAAAGUUUAGUUUUAAAGUCAUUAUUUUGUGUCUGAAACAGAAACUACAUGCUGAUGGGAUUUUUAUUUCAUUUCCCUCAAAGGUUCUUCUGCUGACAAACUUCAAACAGUGUCCAGAAGAGGAGGACUGUCCGGUACCUGAGGAGAUCCGGGACACUCUGGGAGAGUUUCACAAUGACAUCCUGCUUCACUGCGGUGAGGAGCUCUUUAAAGAUCUGGUUUGACUUCACAGCUGUCAUUGACAUUUAUUUCAAAUAAUGAUAAGUUAUACUUUAUAAUCUAUAGGUAUCCAUAUUGAGGAGGAGGCCGAGGAGCAGGAGGUGGAUGCCUCACUGAGGGGCAGACUCCUCAGUCUGGUUGACAAGAUCAAAAGUUUGCGUAAGACCCAAGAGGAGGAGAAGCCUGAGGUGGAGGAGGAACCAAAACUCAGUAAGUGGGAUGAUUUUCCAGAACCAGAAUACUCAAAUCUUCGCACAUAAACAUGUAACAUAAACUCCGCCUCUCUUUGCUCACCUAGGCACUCUUCAGGAGUUGAUCUCCCACACCAUGAUACACUGGGCCCAGGAGUCCUUCAUCCAGAACCCCGAGCUGGUCCGUCUGAUGUUCAGCUUGCUCCACAGGCAGUAUGACGGCCUCGGCGAGCUGAUCCGAGCGCUGCCCAAAGCCUACGCCAUCAACGCCGUGUCUGUCCAGGACACGAUGGACCUGCUUGAGUGUUUGGGACAGAUCCGUUCACUUCUUAUCGUUCAGAUGGGCCCAGAGGAGGAGCGACUGAUGAUCCAAAGCAUCGGGUCAGUGUUGGCCCACUAAAAAUGGGAUACGGGAAUUCUAUUAGAAAUUUAUUUACAUGGAAUUAGAGCCUUAAAUUUGUCCUGAUUGUUUUUUUAGGAACAUCAUGAACAACAAGGUGUUUUACCAGCACCCCAAUCUGAUGAGAGCUCUUGGUAUGCAUGAAACCGUCAUGGAGGUGAUGGUCAACGUGUUGGGCGGCGGCGGAGACUCAAAGGUAACUUCUAUGUUAUGUUAACCUACGUUACCUGGUCUGAUCAGUAUAGUUAGGAGGCUUAUUGGAGUCCUGAAUUCAUGGUUGAGGUGUGCUGCAUUGUGGGAAACCUCUCAGCCUACAUUUUUUAUAUUUUACCUUUUCUUCUCAGGAGAUCCGAUUCCCCCAGAUGGUGACAAACUGUUGUCGUUUCCUGUGUUACUUCUGCCGUAUCAGCCGACAGAACCAGCGCUCCAUGUUCGACCAUCUGAGCUAUCUGCUCCAGAACAGCGGCAUCGGCUUGGGUCAGUCUCAGCCUAACCUGUCUUCAUUUAUAAUACUGAAAAACUGAAAGUGAUAUAGGAAUAAAGGAAUUGUUUAGAUGUUUAGUUUGCCUUCAGUAGAUUUUUGAGUCCAAACGUAGGCUCACUCUUUGUUUUGCGUUUGUAGGCAUGCGUGGGUCCACACCUCUGGACGUGGCUGCAGCCUCCUGCAUCGACAACAACGAGCUGGCCUUGGCUCUCCAAGAACAAGACCUGGAGAUGGUUUGAGAACUUUAAACUUAUAACAAAACCAUAAUAUGAUUAAAUACUAAGUGUGCUUAUUCGCUGAAAAUGUGUCAUAUCUGCUGAUAGGUGGUGACAUACCUGGCCGGCUGUGGACUGCAGAUGUGUCCGAUGCUCCUCUCCAAAGGGUACCCUGAUAUCGGCUGGAACCCCUGUGGAGGAGAGCGAUACCUGGAUUUCCUCCGCUUUGCCGUCUUUGUGAACGGUCUGCGCCCUCAUACCUCAUACUUCUGUUGUGUUUGUAGAUUUUUAAUGUGAGCCGCUGUGAUCAACUGCUGCGCACUUCCUCCUCACAGGAGAGAGCGUCGAGGAGAACGCCAACGUUGUGGUGCGUCUGCUCAUCCGUCGGCCUGAGUGCUUCGGUCCGGCCCUGAGAGGAGAGGGUGGGAAUGGUCUGCUGGCUGCCAUGGAAGAGGCCAUCAAGAUCUCAGAGGAUCCAGCAAGAGAUGGACCCACUGUCAAGAAAGAUAGGCGCUUCAUGUAUGUACCGACACACUAGUCGAGAGACAUUAAGUAUGAACACAAGCUGUUAAAAAUCACAGAAAUGAGCUCAAGCUGCACUGAAACAAAUGGAUAUUUCCUUUACUUUAAAACUAUCUGUGUUAAAAUGAUGUUUUUUAAUUAAUAGGUUUGGUGGUGAGGAACAGCAGGAGGAAAACCGUGUACAUUUAGGAAACGCCAUCAUGUCGUUCUACUCGGCCCUCAUCGAUCUGCUGGGUCGCUGCGCCCCGGAGAUGCAUGUGAGCAGAACCGCUUUUUUUACAGGCACAGAACCUCAAUAUGUGGUUUUUGGAGUAGCUAUGAGUCUCACACAGCAUGUCUUAAAUGUUCAUAUUCACAGCUGAUCCAAGCAGGAAAGGGUGAGGCCUUAAGGAUCAGGGCCAUCCUGAGAUCUCUGGUCCCCAUCGAGGACUUGGUGGGAGUCAUCAGUUUGCCCGUCCAGAUUCCUGCUUAUGGCAAAGGUCAGAUCUGAAGACACAUGCGUGGACUCAUUGUUCUUGGAUAUUUUGUUCUCGUCUUCUUACCCAGUGUCUUCUCUCUAAACCACAGAGGGUCAGAUUAUCGAGCCAAAGAUGUCUGCCAGUUUUGUGCCGGACCACAAGGCCUCCAUGGUGCUGUUCCUUGACAGAGUGUACGGUAUUGAAAACCAGGACUUCUUGCUCCAUGUGCUGGAGGUUGGCUUCCUUCCUGACAUGAGGGCUGCAGCCUCUCUGGACACAGUGAGUAGGAAAGAAAAACAACCAGUCAGCUUCAGAAGCGUGAAUCCUUGACGUGACUCACCAUGUGUCCUUUUAUUCUCGUCUAUGGUGACAGGUCGCGUUCAGUACCACCGAAAUGGCCUUGGCUCUGAACCGCUACCUCUGCUCAGCUGUUCUGCCUCUUCUCACCAAGUGUGCCCCACUGUUCGCUGGAACUGACCACCGGGCCAUCAUGAUUGACUCCAUGCUCCACACCAUCUAUCGCUUGUCCCGUGGCCGAGCCCUGACGAAGGCUCAGAGGGACGUCAUUGAGGAAUGCCUCAUGUCACUUUGCAAGUCAGUUUUAAUCCUCAUUUUCUAACGCCAUAUAUUUUUGGGGAUUUUGUGCUCCUGAACUCCUGAAACGUUCCUCCUGAAACUCGAAUGUUACUCUCAGGUACCUUCGACCGUCCAUGCUGCAGCAUCUGCUCAGACGACUCGUGUUUGAUGUUCCCAUCCUUAAUGAAUAUGCAAAGAUGCCUCUCAAGGUUUGUUGUCUUAUAUGUCUGUAGUAUUUAUCUUAUAUCAUUUUUUGAAACAGACAAAAUCAUAAAUUCGAAGAAUAUUAAACAGAGUACAUGUACAGAAGCGUAAAGCAUUCAAUUACAAAAAUUUUUAGAACUUUUUUUUUUCUUUUCUGUUUUUUGGAAUAAUUGUUUUUUCUUCUAUUUUAUUGUACUUUUUUUUGCAUCUUUCUUUUUUUCUGUUUUUUUUGUGUGAUUGCAAUACAUUUCUGUAUACAUGGACAUCUACUCAAUCUCGUUAAAACUGCUGACUGAUCAAACACAGAUUGGAGAAAUCAUCUGGUGGUGGAAGUACUUUAAAUACCAAAUUUUAACCUUUUUUUGUUUUCUUCUGUAAUUUAAUUGUUCCAGUUGUUGACGAAUCACUAUGAGCGCUGCUGGAAGUAUUACUGCUUGCCUAAUGGGUGGGCUAAUUUCGGCGUGACCUCAGAGGAGGAGCUGCAUCUUUCCCGUAAACUGUUCUGGGGAAUCUUUGAGUCUUUGGCUCACAAGGUGGGGAAUGAAUGUAUUGAUGUAAAAAUUGACUGCAGUGGUUCAGCUCAUGUGAGCACUAACCUGAGUUCUCCAAACUCUAGAAAUUUGAUGCAGAGCUCUUCAAGAUCGCCAUGCCGUGCCUCUGUGCUAUAGCUGGAGCUAUCCCCCCUGACUAUGUGGAUGCCAGUUACUCCUCCCACACUGAGAAGAAAGCCUCUGUGGAUGCUGAGGGCAACUUUGAUCCCAAACCUGUGGAAACCACUAAGUAAGCAGGAAAAUACAUCUGUACAGACGUCCCCUGGAAAAAGAGUAUUAAUAUAAGACAGUAUCUUGAUUUCAAUAAAAAAUUCACUGAAUGGUAAAGAAGAAAUGAGACAUGAAAAAGUGUAAAUGUUUUAUUUAUAGAAGUUACAUAGAGACUGAUUAAAGACUGCUGGGAAUGAGGUAAUCCAGGGUUAAUUUAACCUGGAUUAACCUGAUUUAACUCAUUAAUCAUAAAUGAACUUCUUCACAGCACCAUCAUCCCAGAGAGGCUGGAUGCCUUCAUUAACAAGUAUGCAGAGCACACUCAUGAUAAGUGGGCCUUUGAAAAGGUGAGCUAGCAAAGGUGUCGAUCAUAUUGUUACCUAUUUGAAAGUGUUGUUACUUCUACUAAACAUUAGCUCAAUGGUUUAAUACUUGACAGAUUCAAAACAACUGGACCUAUGGAGAGAUAUUAGAUGAGAACGCCAAGACUCACCCGAUGCUCCGGCCUUAUAAAACCUUCUCCGAGAAGGUAACGAGUUCAUGAUCUUCUCGCACAAGUCCAAAAGUCUGGACAAGCUUAAAUUCUCUUUUGAGGAAUCCAGUUCUAUUAGAACAGUAUCCCUAAAAUCCCCUUCCCUCUUUUUUCAAGGACAAAGAAAUUUACCGUUGGCCAAUCAAAGAAUCCAUCAAAGCCAUGCUGGCGUGGGAGUGGACCUUGGAAAAAGCCAGGGAUGGGGAGGACGAUCUUGAGAAGAAGGCAACGACUCGCAAGAUCUCCCAAACUGCUCAGGUAGGACAGGGAAGAGUCCUGUUUUUAUAAAACGGUGUUUGUAGCAGGGAUAGACCUCCAACUGAACUUGUUUCAAACUUGUUAUUAACUCUGGGACUAAUGCUGUGAUGCCCAGCACAGCUCCUUGACCUUACAUAGAAUUAAGUAUGGCACGAUAUCUGUUUUCAGGCCACGUAUGACCCGAGUCACGGGUACAACCCUCAGCCUAUAGACAUCGCAGGAAUGGCCCUGUCCAGAGAGUUGCAGGUGAGUAUCUCUCUGAUACUGUAAAGUCACAUAUUUACUCUGAACACCGAUUAGAAGCUCGAAGAUUGAUCUUUUUUGACCCGAUCUGUUCAGAGUAUGGCUGAGCAGCUGGCUGAGAACUAUCACAACACCUGGGGCAGGAAGAAGAAACUGGAGCUCCAGGCCAAAGGUAAGACAGUCCUUUUUUUUCACAUGUGAUAGACUAAGACUCUGUUGUUUGUAGUCUGUGGAGUCAAAGAAAACACAGCUGUUUUCUCCUUCGGUAGGUGGCGGCACCCAUCCUUUGCUUGUGCCUUAUGACACCCUGACGGCUAAAGAGAAGGCGAGAGACAGAGAGAAGGCCCAGGACCUUCUCAAGUUCCUCCAGCUUAACGGAUAUGCUGUAACAAGGUUAAUUCCAGUUCUUCUUUUAUUACUCGGAUACAUGUUUCUAUGCUAGUCCUUUAAUUCUUCCUCCUUAUUCUCUCCGUUUUCAGGGGCCUUAAGGACAUGGAGCAGGACAUUUCCUCCAUUGAGAAGCGCUUCGCCUACGGUUUCCUCCAGAAGCUGCUGAAGUGGAUGGACAUCGCCCAGGAGUUCAUUGCUCAUCUUGGUACUGUUGCUUGAGACUCUGUUGGAGGGCUUUACACUCAACUCUUCUAUUAUAGCAGCUUUGACUGAUAACCGUCUCAAUGUAAUUUCCUUGAAUCACAGAGGCCGUGGUCAGCAGUGGGAGAGUGGAAAAGUCCCCGCAUGAGCAAGAGAUUAAAUUCUUUGCGAAGGUAAGCUGCUGUAGAGGUCAUGAGUUGGUCUCAAAAUGAUGCUCUUUUCAUUCAUGUCCAAAUGUACUGUUUGAAGAUGAGCCUCCUACAAAGCUUUUUCUAUCCUUGUAGAUCCUCCUGCCUCUAGUAAACCAGUACUUCAAGAACCACUGCCUCUACUUCCUCUCUACUCCUGCUAAAGUCUUGGGUAGUGGUGGGCAUUCUUCUAACAAGGAGAAGGAGAUGAUUGCCAGGUAUAAAAAAAGAAGAAAAGGUUUGAAAAUCUAGUCCAGCAGACUGUGACCUCUUUACUCUGUACCUUUUCUUCAGUUUAAUACUUUGGAGGUGACAGUGUCUGUCUACUCCCUGGUCCAUGUCUCCUCAUCUGUCUCCUAUUGUGCAGUUUCCUUUUUUUCCUUGACCUCCCUUUUGCUUUAUGUGUCACUUCAAACAUCUCUCCUGCCCUGUUUGCCCUUACCCUCCUCUCCCUCCGUUUCCUCUUUUCUCCUUCUGCCUCAGUAUCUUCUGUAAGUUGGCUGCUUUGGUGAGGCACAGAGUUUCCCUUUUUGGUAAGGAAUCUGCAUGGUGGCAUUAAGCCCUGUCGCCAUCCCUGUCCAUGUGUAUCUGUUUUUUUUUGUCUAAUUGAUUACGUUAAGAUCUGCCCCACUUCCUUUUCUGUCCUUUCUCCUCAUUAACGUACUAAUUUCAUAAACGCAGUAUUACAGUUUCACGUUUCAUCUAUCCACCAGAGCUUUCUGUCUCUCCUUACUGAACUUCUUCAUCUAAUGCUUAUUUCUCUUUAGUGCAGCUUCUGCUUGGCUUUGGUGUUCUGCAGCCUGGGUCUAUAAAAGUGUGUUUUUGCAGAUGCAUUGCUUAUACAUUUAACUUCGCCAUUUUACAGUUUACUGUGUUGCUUUAAAAAACCCAGAUUUACAUUUGAUACGAGUAACCGGGCGGGAUACGAGCAUGAGUGUCUGUUACGGGGUCAGAUAUCACUGUAUUGCUCAACAUGCGAAGGAUCGACCGAUAAUCGGCACGGCGAUAAUAUCGGCUGAUAUUCAGCAUUUUAAUCAGCAUCGGACGUUUUUUCCACCGAUAGCCGAUAAAAUACGUUUAUUUUAAAACGAAUGAAUGUGAGACUCAUGUUCCGAGCUAAAAGUUAAAGUAAAAAAAAAAUAAAAGCCAACGUCAGUAAUUGUAAUCAUUUCUUAAAUAGCAUUGUUUAGCACUAUAGCCGUCACAGAUAAUGAAUACACAAAGUAAUACCAUAGACUGUACGAGUAAUACCGAUCACUAUAGCCUGCUUCUCAACAAACGGCAGUCAUUCCCCAGAGUCACUCUUCACAGUCAAAAAAAAGACAAAAUAUAACAAACACCAUGAAACGUAGAAAAAUAAAACUAAAGUAACAAACUAGCAGGUAACACCACGGCUAGGAGUGUUCCUCGGUCUCUGUGAAGCGUAUGGAGCUAGCAUGCGCUACUUCCGGUUGUUUUGCCAUUUCAAAAUAAAAGCACGUGUUUCAAAAUAAGCCCAAAAUAUACAUUUUUACUGCAAAUAAAUAUCGGUUUUAAAUACCGUUUUCCUGAAUAACCAAUAAUCGGUAUCAGCCCUAUAAAAAUAAACAUUUUGGUCGAUCCUUGCAACAUACAGUAUAUCUUCAAUAGUCUGUCGGUCUUAUUGAAACACUGCUCUCCUGACACAGGCCAACACUUCACACUGUCCUUUACUUUGCCCCAACCAGCACCAGAUGAGACACAGUAACAAGGAGAACAAGUUGAACUGAUUCAUCCAGCUUUUUCAAUGUACUCAAGUCUAUAAGUAAAGAAAAAUCUCAGCAAUAUGAUGUGAUGUAUUUGUUUGUACUGUUGUUUUGAGUUUGGUCUUUGUUUUAUAACACGCUCUAUAAGCAUAAGUGUUUGCCCUAUUUUCUGUUUAAAUGUAGCCUUAAGGUAAACUCCUGUGUUAAAAGUGAAUCUACAGUGAGCAGGACUGAAGACAGACAGGGAAAAGUCUGAUAACACAUCUUUGUUGUUUUGUUUCAGGUACAGACGCAGGUGCAGUGGUUAACUGUCUACACAUCCUCUCAAGAUCACUGGAUGCCAGGUAAUUCAAAACCCAUUUAUAACACAAGACAUUAAAGUGACCUGAUCCAACAUUAACUCUAUCAAUUUGUGCAUCGACUCCUCUGUUUUUUCAAGGACUGUUAUGAAAUCCGGCCCUGAGAUUGUCAAGGCCGGUCUGCGCCAGUUCUUUGAGAGUGCUGCAGAUGACAUUGAAAAGAUGGUUGAGAAUCUAAAACUGGGCAAAGUGUCCAGUCGAAACCAGGUCAGAGGGAGCCUCACACUGCAUGAUUUAGUCCCCUCAGAUUAUAUUUUCUGAUGAGCUCAUCUGGAUCUUGGUGUGUUGUUUUCUUCAGGUGAAGGGUGUGUCCCAGAACAUCAACUACACCACCAUCGCCCUGCUGCCAGUCCUCACCUCGCUGUUUGACCACAUCGCCCAGCACCAGUUUGGAGACGAUGUCAUAUGUGAGUGAUGGUUUUUAUUAUUUAUCCUCAUUGUGCAGAAACACAAACAACUGUCUCUGAGCUGAGCUAAUGCAGAGCUUCUCAUGUUUUCAUUCACAGUGGACGAUUUGCAAAUAUCCUGCUAUCGUUUAAUGUGCAGCAUCUACUCUCUGGGCACAGUGAAGACUCCACAUGUAGAGAAGUGAGUAACAAAGUCCGAGAACAAGUCUUCGUCUCAGAUUUACAUUUAUCAAAUAAAUGUCUAAUAGUCUAAGCACUCUUCAUCCAUGAGCACUUAUUUUCGCGAGUAUCUGAAGGAGCCUUUUUUAAGAGAUAACUGUUUCUGAUCGGGUUUGUUUUAGUUGGUAUUGUGAAACAGUUUAUGGGAACUUUAUGUUUUUUUUCCUUUGCAGACAGCGACCAGCUCUCGGUGAGUGUUUGGCUCACUUAGCAGCUGCUAUGCCAGUGGCCUUCCUCGAGCCAAUACUGAACGAGUUCAACACAUUUUCUGUCUACACCACCAAGACCCCCAGGGAGAGAUCCAGUGAGUUUUCGAGCACUUUUCUUGUCCUCUUACUUUUGAACAUGACCUUCACAUUUUGUUAUAUUUUAAUCAACCUUCUCAAUUAAAAAAAAUAAACAGUUACUUUUAUUUUUUAAUCUGUGUGGACCUCUCUCCUCAGUUUUGGGUCUUCCAAACCAAGUAGAGGAGCUGUGCCCUGAUAUCCCAGAGCUUGAGAUCUUGAUGAAGGAGAUUCAUGACCUGGCUGAGUCUGGUGCUCGUUACACAGAGAUGCCGCAUGUGAUUGAGGUCACCCUGCCCAUGUUGUGUAAUUACCUCCCGCGCUGGUGGGAGAGGGGCCCUGAGAAUUUCCCCGAGCAGGAGGGUCAGAUCUGCACCGCUGUCACCUCUGAGCAGCUGAACCAUCUGCUGGGUAGCAUCAUGAAGAUCGUGGUUAACAACCUGGGUAUUGAUGAGGCCUCCUGGAUGAAGAGAUUGGCAGGUCAGCUGGACAUUUCCCAUCAUCUUUUUUGUUCAAAUAAACAUCAUAGUGAUUCUGUUGAACAUUUAAAGGUGAAUCGUAAAAGUGUCACUCUCAUUUUGUCUUCACUCACCAUUCGAAAUGAUGCCAUGAUUCCUGUCUUCCCGUCCAGUCUUCGCUCAGCCCAUCGUUAGUCGAGCUAAACCAGAGAUGCUGAAAUCACACUUCAUCCCCACCAUGGAGAAGCUGAAGAAGCGCUCUGGGAAGGUGGUCGCCGAGGAGGAUCAGCUGCGCAUGGAGGGCAAAACAGAGGUUGACAGUGAAAAUGGGACCAUCAGAGAUGAAUUUGCCGUGCUGUGUCGGGACCUUUACGCUCUCUACCCCUUACUCAUCCGCUACGUGGACAAUAACAGGUACCUUAACUUAUAUAUAAAUACAGUAUAUAUAGAACUAAUUAUGAGCCACACUCUUGGAUUUAAGUUCAAGUAACUGUAACUGUCGCUGUUGGUUUAAGGGCGAGGUGGUUGACCUGUCCGGACCCAGACGCAGAGGAGCUUUUCAGGAUGGUCGGAGAAGUCUUCAUAUUCUGGUCGAAAUCACAUGUGAGUUCUUUGUAUUCUUUAAACUUGUUUUUUCUACUGUGUUGUUUCUCAUUUACCAUCAAACAUUUUUCUUUCUUUGGGAUUUUCAGAACUUCAAACGAGAGGAGCAGAACUUUGUGGUGAUGAACGAAAUCAACAACAUGUCCUUCCUGACUGCAGACAGUAAGAGCAAGAUGAGCAAGGUGAGAGAGAAGAACAAACGUAAAAAAUCAGAGUGAACUGUAGUCUGGUAUUUCUUUACAUGUUUUAUCCACAUCUUAAAUUUUAACUCAUUAAGAAACUAAACUCUAAUAAUUAAUAUUGCAUUAACAUCACCCAUUCUGAGCAGGGAGGAGUUAAAGGGAACCCCCUUGGUUUGAUUUGCAGCAGUUAUUUCCUUCCUUUUAAAUAUUUGUGGAUAAGUUUGUGAGGUAAAUGAUAGUCCUGUAAUCAAUAAGCAUUUCCCAUAUGUGUGAUAAGGUUAAUGGUUAAGGCAUUUACUAAUAAAACCCUUUUUCAAGGACAUUUAAAGUGGCAGUUCAUUCUGAUCAGGUAGUCAUAGGAGUGUUGCUAACUGUGUUUUCUCCUUAUAUCCUGGGUCGGGGUUUGGACGCUGGGCCACUAGGCCGGAGAUGGAGAGGUUAGCCUGUGUUUGUGCACGAGCGCUGUGCUGAUCGCAUGGCACCCUGGGUUUGGGGAAAAAACAUUUCAUCAAGCUCUCCCAUGGAGUACACACACAAACGCACAGACCCCAAUAUUCACACACAUACACACACACACACACACACACAAAAACAGGGUACAUCCAGUCAGACUGUAUGUACCAUCAGGGACAUUUUUGCCUAUAGGAGAGUCACAGAGAAACUAAAGAGUUUAUAUAUUUAUGGAUGUUUAAAAUGGUACUGUACUGUUUUCUGUAAGUAGGACAUAUUUGUUAUUGUUUACUGUAAAUUAGGGCUGAACGAUUUGGGGAAAAUAUCUAUCUGUGAUUUUUCUGUCUGAUUUUGCGAUUUAAUUUCAUCCAGUCAAGCUUCAGUUUGAGGUUGUCCUUUUUUUUUCGUUAACUACUAAAAGUCUAAACUGCUAUGAUUGGAUUAGACUCAAAACUGCAGCACCACAGACAACGACACACACCACAGCACAGUCUAAUUUGGUCACAAAUCUGUCGUUGUGUCGUAAUACUACACAUUUUUAAGUCUGGCUUCACUUUCUUCCUGCAUUUAACAUUUUGAAUAUUUUGUUAUUUAUUUAGAGCAUCUUCACAUCACAUAAAAUAAAAUCCAUCCCACUCUCUCUCUCUCUCUACAACCUGCAGCCUGUCAGUCUGUCACCAGGGCAACACUAUUGUUUAUGUCACUGAGGAAACGUGUGAUGUCUUUCCUGUGAUGUUGUUGUCGUUGUUAGUGUCGCUGUGUUUCUUACUGUCAUAUUUCCCCGUUGAUAAUCAACAUUUCACGAAUAUCGGUUUCAUACUAAGGCUCACUAUUACAGACUCUGCUCUGUCACUGAACGAGCCGCCGCUCGCUUCAACGCCGCUCCCUCUUGUCACUGCCCUGAUUUAGCCGUGUUACCUCAUGUAUGUUCAAUAUCGCAGUCUUUGGGAUUAGCUAAUUUGCAACAUUUCAAAUCGCAAUUUCAAUUUAAAUUCAAUGAAUCGUUCAGCCCUAGUGUAAAUUUGAUGUUAUGAUACUGUGAGAGAGUGUGUGUUUGCCAUGUGUGUCUGUGUCUCUCAUGUGUGUGUGUGUGUGUUUGUAUGUGUGUGAGUAGGGGUCUGGAGUGGCUUGAUGAAAGCUUGUUGCUGUAGUUCGUAGUAGCCUGUGAGGUUACAUGGAGCUCGGUUGUGUAUCUGAUACUCCUUCAACCGUGCCCCAUCACCCUGUUUCCCCCCUUUGUUAAUCAACAGUUUGCCUUUAGAUGGUCCCUGUUGGAAACGGUUGUGGAGCCCACGCUGUGCAACCUGUGGUGUCAAAGUUUUCUUAUUGACGCUUGGAUUUCUUUCAGCUUUGGUGGUAAAAUUCCUGCGCUGGACUCUUCUCUUUUUUUAUCAUUAUUAUCAUUGGCUUUGUGUUAAGUACCUGUUCACACCAUAAAGCCAUGUAUAUGUACUCGCCAUUUCAACAGUUAGUGUGACUAGCUGAGGGAGGGCUGAGGCUAGCUAAAGACAGCUGUUAUCAUUUUUACUAACUGAACUCGCCCCUACAUGUCUAAUUCAUUGACAUCAUUAAAUUGUCAGGUCAUUGAAUUUCCACUCACUGUUUCAUGUUUUCUUUACGGUUGUUUUAAGAAUAAAAGAAAACCUCCUUUCCUCGGCUUUCAGAUGGGCAUUGCUGUUCGGUGUAGUGAGCUCCUGUUACCUGAUCGUCACAAUGCCUCUCUCGCCGCCCAAAGAGCGAUUAUACCCACGUUCAUACAGACCAUGCACGCCGUGGGUGGGCAGAGAGGGCGCUGUGAGGCCAGACAACAGUCAGUAAUGAGCAUUGGCAGCCUCAGGACAGGAGUGUGUGAGAAGAGCUCCAGGGCGACGGAGCUGACCCCAUAAACUUUUGCUGUUUGUUGUGCUGUCCAGUGGACAAUCACACCCUGUCUGGCCAUUGCACUACUAACAGAGAGGCUGCAUUGUGUGUAACCGGUGUAGCUGAUGCAGCAGUGAAGCACCUGAACCCCCCUCUGAAAAGUCUACGAUUUUAAGAAAAUGCAGUUGUUUGUUUUGUCUUGUUCCAGCUGGUGAAAAUAAUGACUUCCACGUAGUUGAUUCACUUUAUAAGCAUGUUGUGAUUUGUUUAAGUCUCUCCUCUGCAGUUGGUGAAUCAGUUUACUCUUCCUUUCUGUCGUAGAAGUAGUUGCAUUUAAAUCUGUUUUUGCCUCUAAUGUCACAAAAAUAUCUGAAAACAAAAUGUUUGAUGUUUGAGGCAUAGAGGCUUGUGAAUCUACAAGGAUGAAUCUGAACUUUACUUCCUCUCUCUAGUCCGGAGGCUCGGAGCAGGAGCGCACCAAGAAGAAGCGGCGAGGGGAUCGCUACUCCGUGCAGACCUCCCUGAUCGUAGCGGCGCUGAAGAAGCUGCUUCCCAUCGGCCUGAAUAUGUGCUCUCCUGCAGACCAGGAGCUCAUUAAUCUCGCCAAGAUCAGAUACUCACUGGUACUGUUCGGCACUGACUUGCUGAUGUACUCUAUUCUUACAAAAUCUUGAAAUAUUUGUACUCAUGUCAUGUGAUCUUCGUGUCUUUUCUUGUAGAAAGACACGGAUGAGGAGGUGAGGGAGUUCUUGCACAACAAUCUUCAUCUGCAAGGCAAGGUGAGUCGACAAUCGAUGCAAAUGAACAAAUAUAAAACUCUCCAUCAUUAUCCAUUUUUAAAGAAAACUCUCACGACCCUUAAAUCCAGGUGGAGGACCCGGCGAUGCGUUGGCAGAUGUCCCUUUACAAAGAGAUGGCUGGUAAGGCCGAGGAUGCCGAAGUCCCUGAGAAGGUGGUGAAAAGGGUCCAAGAGGUGUCUGCUGUCCUUUACCACAUUGAAGUGGUGAGUUUGACUCAAGUUUGAACACUUGUGACUGUAAACAAAGUUCAGGGUUUUUUUAAGAGUUGUUCUUUUCUCGUGUUAGACGGAGCAUCCCUUCAAGUCAAAGAAAAUGGUGUGGCACAAACUGCUGUCCAAACAGCGCCGCAGGGCUGUGGUGGCCUGUUUCAGGAUGACGCCCUUAUACAACAUCCCCACGUAAUGAUUAUGAUACCUUUAAAUUUAAAAAUGUAAUUCUCUUUAAAAUAAUGAAGGAGUUAUAAAUGACACUCAGCUUACUUCUCCUCUCACAGACACCGGGCGACCAACAUGUUCUUGGACGCCUACAAACGCAACUGGUUAGAGACCGAGGGUUACUCAUUUGAAGACAAGAUGAUCGACGACUUAUCAGUAAGUCUUCUUUGCAUCGAUUCUUUUACCUGCGUUAACCGUCCGGGUAAAUCACGGUACGUGUUGUCUUUGAUAAUCGAAUUAGAAAGCCAUGGAGGAAGAGGAGGAAGAGGAAGAAGAGACAGAGACCAAGCCUGACCCCCUUCAUCAGCUGAUUCUUCACUUCAGCCGGACAGCUCUCACAGAAAAGCUGUAAGAGCGUUUUUCUUCCUCUGUGACUUCCUGUUGUAAUCUGGUUCACGAGGCGUUCACUGACUCCUGCUCUGCGUUUUUCUCUUUACAGUAAACUUGAUGUUGACCAUCUCUAUAUGUCAUAUGCUGAUAUUAUGGCAAAGGUAAGACAACCAGCGACCUAGGUGCACAAUGUCAACUUGUUUUUGUGAUUAUUGAUAUAAAAACUUUAUAAAAACCAACUUAAAUUCUUACUCCUUUUGUUAAAUUUGAAUUGUUUGUCCAGAAUAUAGCAGAUAUAGAAUAAAUCAUAAGUAAAGACAGUCUGACAAAACUGUGAAAUCUGCUCAGUCUGAUGUAAUCCUGUUGUAAGUCCCUGACUCCCUGUCGUCUUCCUCCAGAGCUGCCACAUUGGUGAGGAGGACGAAGGGGGAGAACAGGAGGGGGAGGAGCCAUCCUUUGAGGUGCGGCAGACAGAGAUGGUAUGGGGGGACCAGGGGAUGGGAGACAGGGGAGUCAGCGAAGAAGCAACUCCCCACGCACUGAGUGACCACACCAUGACAUCACACUCGGCACAUCCCCCCACCCCACCCACUUAUUUCUCUUCCUGUCGUUCUCUUGUGCACUCACACACCUUGUCUCUUUCCUGCUAUGGUGGACCGACUGACCUGUGCAUGCCUUUGCUGGACUCAGCCCUACAGUCGGAUCCGUUGUGGACUCAAUUUGUUUAAGUUUCUAAACCGCAUGACACGAGUGCAGAGAGAUGGUGCAGCUAAAGACAACCAAACGAGGUCAAAACAAAACUACUGAGUCUUUGCCAGCUGUUUAAUUUCAAAAUCACAAUUUCCAAUCCUGAUGUGCCUCAGAGUGUCAGUGGCUCCAGAACGGUCCAACAUAUUUACUUACGAUAUGUUCUCAAAUCAAUAUAACGAUAAAUGGACGAUAGCUACUCCACAAGCUGCUCACCCCCUCCAACAUUAACUUCGUCUACUUCAGCCGCUCAAACUUUUGAACCGUCCUCCAUCUCCUCACCUGUCUUUCCCUCUUUGUUACGGACUGGAUGGGGUGGAGUCACAUCUCUGACGUAGGACAGCGACCAUAGUCUACCUACACACAUCAAAAACCAACUUUUUAUUUAUUUAUUUAUCAGUAAAUUUUCGGUUUAUAGCCCAGCCCAAAGUUAGGGUUAGUGUUGUUCAGGUCAUUAGGGUGGGGUUCUACUCUGUGCAUAGAUCAAUAUAAUGAAAGGUAAUAUUUACAAACCUGAAGGUUGAACAGAUGAAAUCCAUCUAUCCUCAUGAUGGCCACUCGUUAAGCUCGGGGGAGUGACAGUUUAACAUCUGUCAACAAUAAUAAAUCAAAACAGAAUGUCGCAGAAUGACCAAGACAAACAGUUUAGCUUAUAUAAUACAUCUGUAACCUAUAAAAUCCAGAGAUUAUUAAACUUAAACUUAUCGAUAAAUUUAGAUUGUGGGAAUAAGUUUUUAUCAGUGCUGUAGUUAACGGCCGGUAAGAAUCAAACAGUCAGAGAACUAACUUUUCCGAGUAACACUGACGAGCAGAGAAUCUUGAGUCUGUUUGGUGAUCUAGUUUAUGUUAACAUGUUUUAUGUCCAUAACCUGCUCAUCAUCCCCCCAAAACCAAUAACCCUACAAAUAACUGAUCGAUCUAUGUCCUAGUCAGGUUUGGACACUGUGAUGUUGGAGUUAUAGAGACGUAGUAUUACAUCUUUUUUCUCUUCUGGUCUCUUAUUUUGCCCAUAUUGGGGUGUUUCUGUCCGAGACUUCACUGAAAACUCUUAUAACUGAUUUAAAGUCAAACCAGAAGGUUUUAACAGUAGAACCAGCUCUCUUGUGCUGAUCUUCUGUGGUCAGUCUUUCACAGACUUACACCACUUUUUUUCCCGACUCACAUCCUCCCUUACUCACCUGCUAUAUGUGUUCAUCUAUUUGGACUCACCUGAUAACUCCAGUUUGAAAUCUAACAACUGACAAGUAACCGAAUUUGUUCGACGUCCCUUUGAAUUGGAAAGCGCUAACAAGUCUCCCUCUCUGUGCUCACCGAGGACUACAGUAAAAGCCUGCACAGUCAGCCGAACACACACACACACACACACACACACACACACACUGCUCCAGUCCGAACAACACUCUCAUACACACAUAAACAGACACAUCUGCAGCCACACUAACAGCUGGAACCACAGACGACAUCCUUCACACCACACAACAGGCUUCUCCUGUCAGAUCAGAUCCUCUGUAACCAGAGAAACGUGUCUCCGUCAAAUCUAAAACUCACAGUUAGGCCCAUGAGGGAGGGAGGGAGGGAGGGAGAGGGAGGGAGGGGUAGGUUAAGACCUGGGUGCUUUGGGUGGGGCUUCAUGCAUGGUGUUUGGUGGGUGGGUGAAGUCUAACCUCUUUUGUCUACAGGAUGAUUUUUCUCAGAGGCUGUGCUGAUUAUUUGGUAACAGAGGAUGUUAAAGAGAGGAGAGUUUGUUAGAGCAAAGACAAUGAAAGGAGGUGUAAUAUAGAAGUUUACUGUAUCAUACUGUUAAAGCUAAAAAAUGUUAAACGUGUGAAUAUGUGUAAGUGACUAAAAACAUGUUUGUAAUCAUAUAUUUUCAUUUACUAACAUGUUUUUAUUUUAGAUUUUACAAACGUUAAUGCCUAUGAUGUAUUUUGUAUGGUGGCCCUGAGGUGCAAAACACAACAGCAAAUCAGAAAACACAAUGGUUAAUGUUGUUGUGUUUUCUUUUUUGUGUUGUGUUUUCUGAUUUGCCGUUGUGUUUUGCACCUCAGGGCCACUGUAUAUUUUUUCUACUGUGAAAAUAAUGUAAAUAUUAUUAUAUAAGUUAUAAAAAAUACCUUUUCAAGUAAAAACAGCUGCCUUUGCAGACUGGUAGUCAUGAGGAGUUGUAGCUGCAGGUUGAGGACAGGAGGAGGAGGCAGAGUGUGCAUGCUGUGUAUUUCUCUGACAUCAGUUGUCGCUUCCUUGUGAGAAUGUGUGAAAAAUGUGAGUUUGCUGGCUCUGAAUUUUUGCUGCCAUGAUGUCAAGAGCUGGAAUAAAUGUCACCUUCACUAACACGUGUUGUGUUAAAAUGGAAGAGAACGUGUGUGAGUGUGUGUGUGUUCUUUUGUAUGUGUGUGUGUUUCUUUCUCUGUGCAUUUCCACCGGAUCAGACUCAAAAUAGAGAACUUUAAAAUUACUGUGUAAAUAUGAGGCAGUUUCCUCAUGAUGCCCAUGUUUGUGUUCAUCUAUCAUCUCUACCUGACAUCAGCAUUAGCAGUUUGUGUUAAGAUACAGAGGUUAUGAAGAGUAAACACAAAUUGUAAAUUCUUGGUGAUAGGUUAAUCUAAAACUCUCCCGUCGAUGAGCACAGAGGAUGAAACUGCGUUUGUGUCUGAGUGUGAGCGAGCGAGUGCGGGGGGCGGUGCAGUCUCGGUUGGCAGGGUUACAGCUGUGUCCCUAAUGCUCUGCUCCACAGGAAAAGGAGAUGGAGAAACAGAGGCUUCUGUACCAGCAAUCCCGUCUGCAUAACCGCGGGGCUGCAGAGAUGGUGCUGCAGAUGAUCAGUGCCUGCAAAGGUAGUCGGAUUAUCACAGCAUCACCACCAACUCACACGUUUCCUCAUGCACACUCACACAUAUGUGCAGACAGUAAAGUGUAUUUAUUUGGGUCAUUUUACAAAAAUGUCAGAAAUUAUUUAAAAUUUUAAUAAUAGUUAUAAUUAUAAAAGGAAGGAGACUAAACACCAGUGAUCUUCAGCCCUGCAUUAGAAGCAGACAUAACUCUGUACUGGAAGUCACUGCAUGAGUUCAAAAUCACUUACAAAAGCCACUAUCUGGGAACACAGGAGCUACAAUACUGCAUCCUGAAAUGCAGGUUAAACAGCACUUUGCAGUCAUAUGCACACAUGACCCAGAAUGCUGUUCACCUCUCUAGGUGGAGGCAAAGAGGAAAACUUUCAUGUGGUCUGAUAAAUGUAAAUUUUAGACUUCAGACUUUCUUCUGGAAAACAUCGACGCCACGUUCCCCUCACUGAGAGGAGCUCUGAGGAGUAAAAUAUGAAAAAGUAAAAAAAAAAACAGUGGAGAUCAUUUUAAGAGAUUUGAAAACAUGCCAGUUAAGAACAGUAAUUAAAAUUAUUACUGGUUGUUGUUACAGAGGAUCCAUCUCUAAUUUUAAUGUCAAAAUGGAUGUCUCUGUUUGUUUCAGGUGAACCAGGAGCCAUGGUUUCCUCCACACUCAAACUGGGAAUCUCCAUCCUCAAUGGAGGCAACAGUGAUGUACAGCAGGUCAGUAAAGCCAAAGCACUUUAAUGUACACCUGACUUUAACUCUCGUACUCACCCUCUCUCUGUCACUUAGAGUCGACCUCUCCUCUCAUUCUUGUCUUUUCUGUAUUUUUGUCUUCUCGCAUGUUUAGAGGAUGCUGGACUAUCUGAAGGAUAAAAAGGAUGUGGGAUUCUUCCUGAGCGUUCAGGCUCUGAUGCAGACCUGCAGGUCUGUAAUCUCUUCACGUUCUUCUACUCUCACUGCUCAGAUCUCUGUUGUCGAGUAUUGAUUAAUUCUACCCUGAACUAGAACGUUUGUUGGUCUUCACUCUGUAAAACUGACUCCUGACUCCUUGUCUACAGUGUUUUGGACCUGAACGCUUUUGAGAGACAAAACAAGGCUGAGGGCCUUGGGAUGGUUUCAGAAGAGGGCACGAGUGAGUACGACCUGCAGCUCCACUUUGGUCUCAUGUACCUGAGCUCAGUGUUUCACACACUUCCACAUUCAAACACACCUCCAAAUCUGUGUCUUCUUUAUUUUGCAUUGGUUUGUGAUCAGAUCUGACAAACUUUCAGUUCCAGUAUGUAGUCUGUCUCUCUUUUGCAUCUGUAUGUGUCUGAGUGUGCUGGUUUGUGGAUGCAGGGUUGCAGGUAUGUUUUCAUGUCAGUGUGUUCACAGAGUUACAGCCAUGACACUCUGAAUUUAGUCACAGCAUUUUGACUUUUGUUGUUGAUGUAUGCUGAUGAUCUGUUUAUCCACUGACAGCCAUGAGAUUUCUGGACUCACUGCGUCUCUCUUUGUCUUUCUCCCCCUCCCACAUCUUGUGCACUUUGCCUGUUUCAACCCUUUACCCCUCAUGUCCAUGUUCUUCCUCUGUACCCGUCAAUACGCUGCCCUCACGGUUCUCAGAUAAGAACCUAGAACGGGGUAAAUGAAACUUUGAUCUUCUUUAUUCUCCUUCUUUUUUCACUCUCUUCUGUCCUCUCUGUCUCUUUAAGCUCUUAUUACCUCAAUAGUCUUUCCUUGCUGUGAACUAAAUAUGCAUUUCAUUUCACACUCAAGGAUUCAGAGAAAUAAAACUUUGCUCUCACUUUGAAGCUAUGAUACAAAUGUUCCUGUAUCUCUGAAGUGAUUGUAAAGUUGUAUUUUUCUUCUUUGAGUGUUCAGUCACAGAUCUACUGUUACUCCAACACUCUCAGUCUUGUCAGCGGUCAGAGGGAAUGGAAGCAGUAACCUGGUUUUCCUCUCCCUGUGAGUUCUCUGAAGUAGAUCAGAGAGAACAACAACACUGACCCUGUGAACCACAAACUCUGAAAUGAAUUGCAGCAGCACAAGGGACUCCAUGCCUAAAGUACUUUCCCCCUCAAACAGCAGUAACUUACCGUAGAUGGGUUUAAAUCUGUUCAUGUACAUGUACAAAAUUAAGGUAACUCGUUAUGAAUUUCCCCCUCCUAACACGCCGACCUCAUUAGAUGUGAUCCCCACCCUUCGCUUGGUUUACUCAGUAGAUUUCAUCCCUCUUCACUGUGUCCAUGUCUGUUGUCAAAAGAAAAUCAAAACUUAAAAUUUGUUUUUUUUUUAUGUUGUUUAUGAAUCAGCGGGGGUCACACCUGAGCGUGCAUGUCCGGUUUUAACACAGUAUCUCCAGCUUGGAGGAUCUGAGUGCAUGUCGGAGGAGACCUUUAAGAUUUGUGUCGUCUUAUAAAUGAGGCUCAAAGGGUGAUAUUGAAAUGACAACAUACUGUAGUUAACAUCCUGUCCUUUAACAACAACAGGAAGGGCCUUUAAUUAUGAUUAUUGUUUUAACUUUUAAUAUAAUUACAUUAAAUUAUAUUGUUUUAAGUGUUUUUGCUGAGUUCAGUAGAUCUGUCGAGCAUGACGGUGCGCCUCAGGGUUAUCUCUGUCCUUUUGUGUCCACUGUCAACGUUUGUGUCUCCUCAGCUUUUAUACAUGUCUGUCAUCCAUCCGUCUGUGUCUUUGUCUACAUUUAUCUGUGUAUUUCUCGUGAUUCUGGUUGAGUUGAUGUUUUCUGUAAAAAGUGUCAGGAGUGCCAGACGCAGGUAAAAGUUUGGGGGUCAUGAUGGAGGUCUGAGCACUUCUUGUCUGCUGCUACGUGCACUUUAAGGUCUUUGUGGUUUUCACUAACAUUUAUUAAUAAAAAAAGAGGAUUGGUAUGAAGUGAUGGUUCUCACAUCUUCACUGAUUUCACCGCACGUGUGUGUGUGUGUACACACUUACCACGACUAACAGACACUUACAUUCCAACAUCACGCUGUAUCCUCCAUCGUCAUCAAAUUCACACUCCAAGUCUAAUUACCUGUUGAUUAAAUUUUGCUCAUUGAUUGUGUGUGACGCUGUUUUAUAAUAAUCCACAAUGUUAAACCUAAUCUGAGGUGAAGAAGGUAAAUUAACAGGUAAGUUUAAGUUUGUAGAGACUCGACUGAGAUAACAUGUCUGCAGCAGAUUAACAGCGUUCACAAAGACCCUGGACUGGAGACUCCUGUCCACACAGGCGUUAAAAGCGUCUCUUGUGUCUUUCUGCUCAGAUGAGAAAGUGAUGGCGGACGAUGAAUUCACGUGUGACCUCUUCCGCUUCCUCCAGCUGCUUUGUGAGGGCCACAAUAACGGUGAGUCUCCAGACAAAACGCUCAGCAGGUCUCGAGUUCGGAGAGUCUUCAGGUCUGUUUCUGACGAACUCACUCUUCUGUCUCUCGUUUGUUUUCAGAUUUCCAGAACUACCUGAGAACUCAGACGGGCAGCACCACAACCAUCAAUGUGAUCAUCUGUACUGUGGACUACCUUCUUCGACUGCAGGUCUCUCUGAUUUCCUGCUUCUCUGAUCUUAUUCUACAUGGGUUGAAUUUUUAAAGUUAAUUUGUUAGAAGAUAUCCUAAAAGCAUUAAAAAAAAGUUAUCACUGAGAUUUUUAGCUUUAGACCUUUAGGCAUUACACUCGUACACUUGAGUAUAAUUUUAGAUUAACUAGACUUCUAAAGUCUCAUCUUUUCUUCCUCCUUCUCCACACAUGCAGGAGUCCAUCAGUGACUUUUAUUGGUACUACUCAGGAAAAGACAUCAUUGAUGAGCCUGGAAAGAGGAAUUUCUCCAAAGCAAUGACUGUAGCCAAGCAGGUCUUCAACAGCUUGACUGAGUAUAUACAGGUGAGAAUGAUCUUCUAUGCUGAGUCAUGUUUACAGACAGUAUUUUAAGAUGACUCAUCAGAUCAUGCAGAAGAAAAAAUCAGAGGGAGCAGGUUUUUAUUUUUUAUUUUGGAGUAGAAAGCGAAUAAAGGGUCGUAUUUUUUCCUUACUGCAUUAUAAAGUUCAUCACUUUUUCAAGUUGGGGGUUGGCCUAAAAACCAUGCUGAAAUCCAUCAUUUUUACAUAUUUCCUGACAAGAUAUGUAACUAUAACUAACUAACUAGUAUUUUAUAUAACUUUAACUAACUAGUAUUUUAUAUUACUAAAACUAACUAGUAUUCAAUAACUAUUAUUAACAAAGUAGUAUUUUAUAUAACUAUAACUAACUAGUAUUUUAUAUUACUAAAACUAACUAGUAUUCAAUAACUAUUAUUAACAAAGUAGUAUUUUAUAUAACUAUAACUAACUAGUAUUUUAUAUAACUAUAACUAACUAGUAUUUUAUAUUACUAAAACUAACUAGUAUUCAAUAACUAUUAUUAACAAAGUAGUAUUUUAUAUAACUAUAACUAACUAGUAUUUUAUAUUACUAAAACUAACUAGUAUUUUAUAUUACUAAAACUAACUAGUAUUCAAUAACUAUUAUUAACAAAGUAGUAUUUUAUAUAACUAUAACUAACUAGUAUUUUAUAUUACUAAAACUAACUAGUAUUCAAUAACUAUUAUUAACAAAGUAGUAUUUUAUAUUACUAAAACUAACUAGUAUUCAAUAACUAUUAUUAACAAAGUAGUAUUUUAUAUAACUAUAACUAACUAGUAUUUUACAUAAUAAUAACUAACUAACUAGUAUUUAAUAUAACUUUAACUAACAAACUUACUAGUAUUUUUUAUAACUACAACUAACUAACUUGUGUUUUAUAUCGCUAUAACUGAAUAACUAGUUUUAUACAUAACUAACUAACUUGUAUUUUAUAUGACUAACUAACUAACUAAAUAGUAUUUUAUAUAGCUUUAACUUACUAGUUUUUAAUAUUAUUCUAAUUAACUAACUAACUUGUAUUUUAUAUAGCUAUAAUUAACUACCUCGUAUAUUUGUAGCAGACAAAGUGCCUCAUAAUUAAAGUGUUUUGUAUUUCCUCUCUGUUAGGGUCCUUGCACCGGUAACCAGCAGUCUCUGGCUCACAGCAGACUGUGGGACGCUGUCGUCGGCUUCCUCCACGUUUUUGCUCAUAUGAUGAUGAAACUCGCUCAGGUAAGAAACCUCACACACACCUGCAUGAUUCACCUGUUUUUGGCAAACAUCUCAGAGUUAUUCAUUUAUAUUUCCAAUGGAAAAUUCAGAAGAUAAUGUUUUUAAUUGAUCCAAUAAUUUGUUUUUUGACAGUUGACUGAAAAAUAUAUUUAUCAAAUGAAUUUAAAAAUGUAAACAGAGAUUAUUUCUAUAUAUUUGAAUCCUAUUUCUUUGAUUGAACUAACUUUGUGAACUGUCUUUCUCAUGGUUCCCGCAGAGUAAAGUAUGUAUUUAUUUGAUUAUUCUCAUUAUAACCUGAUUUCUUCCUUUUUUUAUAUCUUUAACGACCUUUUCCCCCCAAUUCUCUUUGUCAGAUUGUUUUUGCCUCUUAACUGAGUCAUUAAGUAUUUAAAGGACUUAACAUGACAGAUAACUAAGGGUGAUAGGAACAAGGAGACACAGUAUGGAGUAUAAAAACGUGUGUUUGUGAUACUUCAGGUCUGAACCUGCAGCAUCACAUCAUCUGGACAGAAACCGAAAUCAAACACAAAUUUGCAGGAGAGGAUUCCUGUAUGUCCACAUCUAUACGUAGAUGUGGACAUACAGAGAAACUCAGACAGUAAACGACAUGAACUUCAGUUAAGAGAGCAGAGACAGUUUGAGUGAAAACAGAUCCUCCUUCUUUCACUCCUCUAAAUUUCUUCUUAUUUCAUGAUACUGACCGGAGCUUUGAAUGUGUCUGUGCUUUAAUAAAUGUGUGUUAACUCUGUUUGUUGGUCUGCAGUCUGUAACCGGUGUGAUCUAACUAACCUAACAGUGUGUGACUGUGCUGCUGUGUAACGUGGAAAUUCUCCUUUUUUUGUACCUUUUGUACUUUUGAAAUUAUAGUUUUUGAGGUUUUCUCAUGUAGGAAACUGUAAUUUAAAAAAAGGUUUCAAAUAUGGCGGAUCAGAAAUACAGAUCAGAAAUAAUUUUAUCAACAGUAUAUUUUCAGAGGUAUUCUAAAAGGUGAGGUGAUGGUUCAUGUGUCCUAGUUAAAUAAAUGAAGACAGUGUUGCUAUAAGACUGUGAAAUACUGUCCAGACUGAAGGAUGACUCUUUUAUUCUCAUUUCAAACUUUGGUAGAUGCAUCCUGACGCAGCAGAACGAAACGGCGUAAGGAUACAUGUCUCACCGCCAUCUCACUCAGAGUCCCUUUGUGCUUUUUUAAGAUCAUUAAACUUGGCAGCUGAAAAACCUUCAUCACUCAUAGAAACCUGCUUCACCUAAUCCCUCAUCAUCAUCAUCAUCAUCAUCUUCAUGACUAAAUGAGCAUUAUCGCUGCUUUCUAACGAGCUGCUCAGUCAAACCAACAGUGACCUUCCAUUAAGAGACUCUUUGAAUAAACGCUGACGGGGAAUAAUCCUCAUUUUUGCAUGGAUAAUUCGUAGAAGUUAAUCUGAAGUUAAUCUGAAGUUAAUCUGAAGUUAAUCUGAAGUUAAUCUGAAGUUAAUCUGAAGUGUCGAUUCUUUAUUUGACCAAAUUCAAAGUCAGCUGAGGAAAAGACUCUCAUGAUCGAAUGCUCUGUAUUUGCUUCACUGUUUGCUUUAGGUUUUGAAAGAGCUUCACUCAAAUAUAUCAUUGAUUAAUUAUCGAUUAUCUCAUUUCUAAACUUCAUGCGGGUCCUCACAGAUCGUAACGCCCUGUCUCACGUCUUUUUCAUUCUCGAUUUCUGACAUUUCGUGGAGUUUUUAAAGGUUCCCCCUGAAUGUGAGUCUGUAGUUUCCUUCAGAUCUCCACCAGCCUGGAAACCACUAAAGACACUAAAGUCUUGAUUAUUUGUGGUUCUUGGUCUCUGCUGGUGCUGGUCUUCAGGACUGAUCAGUAUCAUGAGUGCGAUUGUUCUCCCUUUGCUGCAGACCCUCUUAGAUAAGGAGAGGACGCGCUGUCUCGCAGAAUCAUGUGUUUCCCUGUUUUUAUGCCCUCCUGUUUGUCAGUGGCAGUUUUUCAUUCCAUCAUAUGAAGUUUAUAAAGUGUUUUAUUUAAAAUUUAUAUUCUUUAUUUAAAAAAUGCAAACCCAGGAUCAUUUUUGGAGUAGAUCACACUCUGAGGUAGUGUCUCCUGCCGUUUCUUUGCCUCACAACUCCUCACUUCAAACUUUAAUCUUGACAUGAAUGUUUUCAGUCGGUUCACGUCUAAAAAUUCUUGUUUUCUCCGCUGUUUGUUUUUUCGUGCUGCUGCUUCUUCUGGCUUUGUUGCAGGACUCCAGUCAGAUUGGACUUUUGAAAGAGCUGCUGGAUCUGCAGAAGGACAUGGUGGUGAUGCUUCUGUCCCUGCUUGAAGGUACGAGCUCCAAACCUCUCUGGUGAUAGUUUUUGGUUUUCGUCACAUUUCUGAUCCUCUCUCACUCUUCACUCCUCUCAGGUAACGUGGUUAACGGCACCAUCGCCAGGCAGAUGGUGGACAUGCUGGUGGAGUCCUCCAGCAAUGUGGAGAUGAUCCUCAAGUUCUUCGACAUGUUCCUCAAGCUCAAAGACAUCGUGGCCUCUGACGCCUUCCGGGACUACGUGACGGACCCGCGUGGGCUCAUAUCCAAGAAGGACUUCUCCAAGGCCAUGGACAGCCAGAAGCAGUACUCUCCCUCAGAGAUCCAGUUCCUCCUCUCCUGCUCGGAGGCCGACGAGAACGAAAUGAUCAACUUUGAGGAGUUUGCAGAUCGUUUCCAGGAGCCGGCCAAAGACAUCGGUUUCAACAUCGCCGUUCUGCUCACGAACCUGUCGGAGCACGUUCCUCACGACACUCGCCUUCAGAACUUCCUGGAGCAGGCGGAAAGCGUGCUCAACUACUUCCGCCCUUUCCUCGGCCGCAUCGAGAUCAUGGGAGCCAGCAGGAAGAUCGAGCGCAUCUACUUUGAGAUCAGCGAGGAGAACAGAAACCAGUGGGAGAUGCCUCAGGUCAGGGAGUCCAAACGGCAGUUCAUCUUUGACGUGGUCAACGAGGGCGGCGAGAGCGAGAAAAUGGAGAUGUUUGUGAACUUCUGCGAGGACACCAUCUUUGAGAUGAACAUCGCCGCCUCGAUUUCAGAGCCGGAGGGCGAAGGUGCAGAAGAGGAAGAUGAUGAAGAGGAGGAGGGCGGAGGAGACGAAGGAGAGUCCGGAGAAGGCGAGGAGGGCAACGGAGAGGGUGAAGCUCCAGAGUCGACCUCAGCCUUCGCCGACUUCUUAAAGAGCGUGUCGAACUUCUUUGACAUGUUCACCUUCCGUAACCUGCGGCGCCGAUACCGUAAACUGCGAAAGAUGACGGUGAAGGAGAUGGUGGUCGGUCUGGCUACGUUUAUCUACACCAUCGUGAUGGGAAUCCUGAUGUUCGUCUACAGCAUCUGUAAGGGCUUCUUCACGCUCAUCUGGAAGGUGCUGUUCGGUGGAGGUUUAGUGGAGGGCGCCAAGAAGAUGACCGUCACGGAGAUCCUCGCCAGUAUGCCAGAUCCAACGCAGGACGAGGUCCACGGGGAUCUACCACCUGAACCGGGAGCUCGAGAUGUCCAAGACGCAGACGGUGGGGCCGACCUUUUAGACGCCGUAGGAGGAGAGGAGGAAGAGGAGGAGAGCGAGGACAGGGAAGGAGGACGCCUGCCUGGGUUUAACACUCCUGGAGGACUUGGAGACUUUGGUGAGACGACGACUGAAGAGCCUCCGACUCCUGAGGGAACACCGCUGCUGAAGAGGAAACUGGUGAUGUGCUCUGUUUGUUCACUGAUGUUGAAUUUCUUUAACCUCCAUUAACCGUUUAAUUAACCGACAAUCGUUUUAAAAACAGUUGGAGGCUGCAGUAGGAGGACAGGGAGAGGAGGAAAAGGUGGAAACCGAAGAGGAGGUUCCUCAAGAGACGGAGAAAGCUGAGUGAGUCGUCAGAAUCAAAACCUCCUAAAGAAAACAAAAACAUAAAAGGCUCGAGUGUCUUUACCUGUAUUUGUUUUUCUUUUUUCAGCACGGAAAACGGAGAGAAGACGGAGAAACCAGAGCCUGAACCUGAGGUGAAGGAGGAGGAGGAGGAGGAGAUCAUAGAGACAACCAUGAAGACCAAAGCGAAGAAGGACAAGAAGCCUGCGGAGGAGGGCUUCGAGCUCUGGAACGAACUGGAGAUUCAGAGGAUCAAAUUCAUGGUAGGCAGACAGCCGUCUGUUUGAGCGAGUUAAUGAACAGUGUUUAUGUUUAUAAUCAGCUGUUUGUGUUUUUCAUGACCUCCUUUUAUGAAGCUCAGGCAGUUUUAAAGGAGGGGGGGGGUAGUCAGGUCUUAUUCCUGCAGCUGAACGUCUGAGGAGACUUCGUCCUUUCAUUGUUUUCAUUAUUGCCCUCACAGCAGAUCUGUAACAGCAACAUUAAUUUCACUCCCCUGACAAAAGAAAGUUAUUUUGCUUCAUCGUUGUCGUCCGAUAAACUGGAAUCAGCCGCUUUUCUCUUGGUUUUCUGCUCCGUCGGUGCUUUAACGAUCUCUCCACCCUCAGAACUACCUUUCUCGCAACUUCUACAACCUCCGGUUCUUGGCUCUGUUCAUCGCCUUCGCUCUCAAUUUCAUCCUGCUCUUCUACAAGGUCUGUGCCUCAGCGUUGAGAAUAUCAGCGUUUAUUUUCAUAUUUAUCUUUAACUAUAAAACUUUGUGUAACUCCUGAAAACACUCGUCCUUAAAGCUCACCCUGAUCGAAUUUUGCGUCUGACCCUCCAGGUGUCUGAAAGUCCUCCAGGCGAGGAGGAUUAUGAGGGUUCUGGUCUGUUUGAAGGCUCCGGUGCUGAAGAGGAUGGAUCUGGAUUAGAUGAUGCUGGUGGAGAAGAUGAUGAUGAAGAGGGUCCUCUGUAUUACUUCCUGGAGGAGAGCACAGGCUACAUGGAACCCGCUAUGGCUUUCUUCGGUAUCGUCCACACCAUCAUCUCCUUCCUCUGCAUCAUCGGAUAUAACUGCCUCAAGGUAAAAUACCGUGUUUAAGGCGUGUUAAUCCUAACCCAGAAUAAUCCACCUGUGGCGUUAGAUUAACGCAGCUUUGCUCCGUUUCCUUCAGGUCCCUUUGGUCAUCUUCAAGAGAGAGAAGGAGCUCGCCAGAAAGCUGGAGUUUGACGGCGUCUACGUCACCGAGCAGCCUGAAGACGACGAUAUCAAGGGCCAGUGGGACAGACUGGUGCUCAACACUCCGUAAGAGACCCCCACCAUCAUUCAGGACACAGACCCUUCAGUGAAACUCUGAACACUUAAGAGAGAAUUUAUCUUUGUUUUUCUCUUCUAAUCCAGGAGUUUCCCCAACAAUUACUGGGACAAGUUCGUCAAGAGAAAGGUGAGGAUUAACAAACAUCUUUGACGGCUGGUGUCAGAGAUUAUAAUCUGAUGUUUCAGUCACAUCUGUGUGUUUCAUCUCCAGGUCCUGGAUAAAUACGGUGACAUCUACGGCAGAGAGAGGAUCGCCGAGUUGCUCGGUAUGGACCUGGCCUCUCUGGAUGUUAGCGCCAUGACCCAUGAGAAGAAGCCUGAACCAGACACCUCCAUGUUCAGCUGGUAGGAACCGUCACAGUAACGAAAACACAGCUGGAGUUGUUUGAUAAAAUCGAAUGAACUGAUCUAACCUGUCCCUCUCCCUGUAGGAUAACAUCGAUCGACGUCAAAUACCAGAUCUGGAAGUUUGGAGUCGUCUUCACCGAUAAUGUGAGUUCAGGACUUAUGGUCGUGUUGUUGUUCAGACAUUAAAUAAUCAUCUGUAGUCUGUGCGGUUGACCUGAUAUCCUUCUUCUGUCUCCUAGACCUUCCUCUACCUGGUUUGGUACAUGCUGAUGUCUCUGCUCGGACACUACAACAACUUCUUCUUCGCCUGCCAUCUUCUCGACAUCGCCAUGGGCGUCAAAACCCUCCGCACCAUCCUGUCCUCUGUGACCCACAACGGCAAACAGGUCUGCAGACUCAUAUUCACAAAUCCACCACCGCAGUGAUGAGACUUCACACUUAACGACACGUCUGUUUACCUUCAACAGCUGGUGAUGACGGUGGGCUUACUGGCUGUGGUGGUCUACCUGUACACGGUGGUCGCCUUCAACUUCUUCCGCAAGUUUUACAACAUGAGCGAGGAUGAGGACGAGCCGGAUAUGAAGUGUGACGACAUGAUGACGGUGAGUGAGGAGCAGAAGAACAUGAUUUAGAGACGACUGAGUUAAUAUGAGGUGAAAACAUCACCUGUCCUCGUUCUUCUGCAGUGUUACCUGUUCCACAUGUACGUCGGCGUGCGCGCCGGUGGAGGCAUCGGAGAUGAAAUCGAGGACCCGGCUGGAGAUGAAUACGAGCUCUACCGAGUGGUCUUUGACAUCACCUUCUUCUUCUUCGUCAUCGUCAUCCUGCUGGCUAUCAUCCAGGGUACGCUCUCUUCUUCUUCUGAUUAUCAUUCAGGCGUUCAGCUUCACCUCAAACACGGGUCCAACAGAGGAGAGGGAGCUGAUUUUUCCUCCUUUUUUCCUGCAUAUUAAAGUUUUCUGUUUUUCAGUCUCAGAUAUGUGAUAAAAUGUUUCUGAAACAGUUUAUAUUUAGUUUGAUUAUCCUAAAGAGAAGUGUCUUUUUCUGUAAAUGUCCUCUCCGUCCAUCUGUCCGUCUGUCUGUCCGUCUGUCAGGUUUGAUCAUUGACGCCUUUGGAGAGCUGAGAGACCAGCAGGAGCAGGUCAGAGAGGACAUGGAGGUAAGAGAAUAAUGAGCUUCAGGGGGAUUUCAACGCUCUCUUUACUCACUUCACCUUCAGCUGUCCCUCACCUUCAGGAGUGGAAUCUAUUUAAUCCAGAGUCUCUUCUCUUCUCUCUCCCUGUAGACCAAGUGUUUCAUCUGUGGGAUAGGAAGUGACUACUUUGACACGACUCCGCACGGCUUUGAAACACACACUCUAGAAGAGCAUAACUUAGCCAACUACAUGUGAGUGACUUUUCAGAGUUCAGCAGUGAACCUUCUCUAAGUAUAUCAUCUACGUAUAUCUAUGUGUUUUAUCUCUAUGUAGAUCUAAGACCUCCUGAACUUCUCCUCUGUAAUCACAGCAUCAUAAAGUGACAUUAAGAGUCAAACUGAGAGAUUCUCACUUUCAGAUUAUUUGCUGAUGCUGUUCAGGAAUUUGGCUCCUGAGAAAUCUGAGAAAUUAAAAUAUUCAAUUUCAUGAAUUUUGUUUCUUUUUUUCUUCCUCGUUUCUCUUCCAGGUUCUUCCUGAUGUAUCUCAUCAAUAAAGAUGAAACUGAACACACAGGACAGGUCAGUCAGAUUUCAGAUGUAUCGACUCUGUAGAAGUUAAAGCUGGACGAUUAUUUUUGAAUAAUCAAUAGAGUUAUUUUUAUUCUUAUGGCAAAAAUAAUAAUCACGAUUAUUUUUAAAUCACAAUUAGUAAACAUGAUUAUUUAUUGACUUCAAAACUUAACUUUAAAUAUAACUGAUAAGAACAGACAGAAAUGAAUUAGUAACAAGUAAAAAAAUAAAAAUAGUAACAGUAGUAAGUUAAAAUAAUGAUAACAAUAAAAACAAUAAAUAAAAAUAAUUACCAAUCUACACGCACUCUUGUAAAACUUACAACAUCCAAGAAAAACCCACUAAUAACAGCCAGAAAACAAAAGACUCUUUUAAAGUUUCUCAAAAACCUUUUUAAAAACAAAAAGAAUUAACCACAAAGAGCUUUACUCCCUCAGCCGACCUCCCUGCAGUUAUCCUCCUACAAACACCAGUCUGUUGACUUUGAUUAUAAUGUUUUUAUGAUCAUGAGAAGCCAAAAUCAAAACCGUCCAGCUCUAGUAGAUGUGAAACAAAUUGUAUUUGUUCGCUGUCUCAUUUUGAAACGUCUCCUCUUCUGCGUUUCAGGAAUCAUACGUGUGGAAGAUGUACCAGGAGCGAUGUUGGGACUUCUUCCCAGCUGGCGACUGCUUCAGGAAGCAGUAUGAGGAUCAGCUGGGAUAACGUCCUGCGUGGUUUUCUGUCUGACGGAGAGAAAGGAGAGAGGAGGAGUGAGGACAGAUUAAACAUUUCUAGAUUGAACACAUCUCUGUUUGCCUUAGUUUCACCCUUUGUCUGCAUAUUUCUCUCCUCUGUUGAAGCACUGCACACUUUGGCUACACUUUUGUACCACCUGUAGCGAAAUGAUAGCGGGGUAGAGAAAAGCAGAGGAAGACUCUGAAGACUGGAGAAGCCAGCCGCCUUUUUGACUCUGCUCUGAAAACACUACAUGGCCUUUUUUGGUGUAAAUUAUACAUAGACUGCCUUACAUAUCGAUGCAUUUAUACACGACAGGCUCUCUCUCCGUUGCUACUGCUGUAAACGUCAUAGUGCCUAUAGCGAUGUCACCUCCUGAGCAACCAGACGGUUUCGAUUUUUAGCUUGAACACUUUGAUUUGAUUCGGGUUUUAUGGGUUUGUGUGUGUGUGUGUUAGGUUGGGACUUUUGGGCAUGUGGCUGCUGCCAUGUGAUCUUUGAUUUCUGAUGUUUAAGUGAAAAUGAUUCAGCAGAACGAAGAAGGAGGAGGCGAACAUUUCAGGUCCUCUUCAAACGAGAUUUAUGGUCAAAGAGAACUGAUUUAACAGGACACACAGAGUUUCAUCUGCUUUGGUGACUUCUAUAAAUCAGCUGAAUAGACUAACCCAGUUUGCACUCUGAAGUCUUAUCCCUGGAUGUUUGUGGUCCCUUAUCUCCACUGGUGUCCCUGUGCCAUAUAAGAUAGAGCUGAUUUACACUCAUGCAGCAGAGGAGGAGGAGGACGCCAUGGUUCAUAUUUUGUUGUUUAUAUGCAGAUUGAAAUCCUCUAAAGACGACCGUUUUAGCCCGUCUGUAUUUCUGGCCCACAUCUGUACCACAUCCCUUUUGUCAGUGCGUUAACAUGAACCGUGAAUGUAUUUCAUGUCUACAUGAAAAGUGUCACCUGUAUGACUGAGUCACAUUUAGGCCUCGAGGCCUUUUGAUGAGAAGACAUCUUUUACAUGAAUCAUAGAUACGUAUAUUUAUUUUUCUUUAAGGCUUUGGAGAAAUGACGUGACUUUCUAAGACUGAAACAUGAUGAUACUGAAGAAGAGAGUUCAUCGUCUCACACUGAAGAAAACGCCCAGUUUGCAGUCAGGAGGGGAAAAUACGCUUUUGUUUUUGCUCGUUCGGAUUUUAUUUUAGAUAUUUUUAGGAAAUUCAGCAAUUGAGUUAUUUCCCCGUGUGUGACGCGCUGAUCCCGGACAGCUCUGUGUCGCGCUGCCUCUCACAGAUCACAUUAAAACUCACGCUCUCUGCGGCGUGUGUGUGUGUGUUAAUUUUCCAUGACUCCCUGUCGGAGUUUUAAUCGGUUUAACUCUGAUGAAGUUUGUGGUCCUCACAGAGGCAGCUGACAGGACGGAGCUGAAGGAGAUCAUGACUUUCCACCUGACUGAGUGUCCUCUGACUGAACCCUGUGUUUCAAUACAGAAUAAUAAACAGAUUAUUUUAAGGAGAA